AUGACAUCCAAGUCGUCCAGGCUGGGCAGACCCUCAUCGGCAGGGUCCAAGCAGCCCUCUCAGAGAAAGGAUUGCCCGGCGGGUAACCGCUCCUGUAUGCUGCGGGUCGGGGAGAGGCUGAUGAGGGCUGGGAGUGAGGGGAACCUACAUGUAGUGCGACCCAAACCUGUCCAGCAGACACCCCUGGAGGAGGGACACCAACAGUCCGGCUCCAUCACAGCCAAAGGUAGGAACUCUCAAAGUUUCUAAGCUUAUAGUCUAAGGCACUUACUACUGUACUGCAAGCCUUUAGUGGUAAUUUACUUACUCAUUGUUUUCUGAUGAUGUACUGUAUUAGACAUAGGAUAUUGUAUUGACAUUGUGUCAAAAUUUCACUGCACCACAAGAAUAGAUCUGAUGAUGUACAGUGUUACAGUGCUACUGUAGCCAACAGUACAUGCCUCUGUGCAUCAGUCAUGAUCACCCCAUCAACACUCUCACACUCUCACACUCUCUCUAUCGCCCUCCCCCACACGCUGACACACACACACACACAGACACACACACACGCACACGCACACACAGAGAUACACAUUUACCUUACAGUAUGUGGAGGGCUUAGAUCACCCUGUCAGAGGGCUAUUUUGUAUUGUCAUGCAUUCCUGGGUGAAGCACAUGAGUCUGGCCACAUUGUUCUGCCUAGCCCCCUCAGCGGCCAGUGGAUUAAGCCCUGGGGUCAACCCUUUUAGCUCUCAUUGUGCUGAUUAGUUACAUUCCACCUCUUAUCAUCACAUUCCCUUUCAGUAAAGUUGAGUUAAUCUCCUGCCCCGGUUCAAAAGCAACUGCUGCUGCAGACCGUCUGAUUGCAAAUUGUACCGUUUUGAAUUUAACUUUGCCAACUCUGCAGCUGGAAUCAGUCGCACAGAGAAAAAACAUUUCUCACUCUAUCCAGGGUACAAAUGAGGCUGUGAGUGAACUCAGGUUCCCUCUAGGUUUAAUAUAUAAUCGAGCUGAUAAACAAUGGCUGCGAUACAUGAACUAUAACUAACAGAUGACAUUUCCUGUGGCUGUCUAUCUAUUGCCAGCUACUGCCAUUGGCAGACUACACCAUGUAUUCGGAGAAAGAUCUGAACACUAAUCCUCUGCUCUCCUCUCAGGACAUGAUACAAGACUUCCGCUAAACUACCCUUUAACCAGCCUAUUUUUUAAAUGUCUUCCCUUUCUCCAAAUAUCGUGACAAACUCGUAUUUCUCACACUGAGCCCUCAGCUUAAAAUCCUCUCACACUUGCUGUCACAUGCAAGUGACAUACAGUAGACUUAAAAUAGAAUAGAAUAGUACUGAACCUGGUCUUCUAUCGUGAGUGAUAGUAGUUUUGCAAUUUAGUUGGGAGUAAAUAACCUGUUGAGUUUUAGUGUGUAUGAUUUAUCAUGAGGGCCAUCCCAGCCAUCUGUUGUUUAUUGUGUUUUAAUUAGUAUUGUCAAUUCUAAUAUUCAAAUGUAAGUUGUAGCUACUCACAGUUCAGCAUGUUGCUGUAUAUUUACUUGGUCAUAUAAUAAUCAUACCAUUUCCACUUUUAAUCUAAAUCUUUUGGCACAUCACAAAGCCUGGCAGUGGACACAGUCUGGUGGCAUUAUCAGUGCAAUUCAAGCAUACAGUUGAAAUCGGAAGUUUACAUACACUUAGGUUGGAGUCAUUAAAACUCGUUUUUCAACCACUCCACAAAUGUCUUGUUAACAAACUAUCGUUUUGGCAAGUCGGUUAGGACAUCUACUUUGUGCAUGACACAAGUAAUGUUUCCAACAAUUGUUUACAGACAGAUUAUUUCACUUAUAAUUCACUGUAUCACAAUUCCAGUGGGUCAGAAGUUUACAUACACUAAGUUGACUGUGCCUUUAAACAGCUUGGAAAAUUCCAGAAAAUUAUGUAAUGGCUUUAGAAACUUCUGAUAGGCUAAUUGACAUAAUUUGAGUCAAUUGGAGGUGUACCUGUGGAUGUAUUGCAAGGCCUACCUUCAAACUCAGUGCCUCUUUGCUUGACAUCAUGGGAAAAUCAAAAGAAAUCAGCCAAGACCUCAGAUUUUUUUUUUUGGACCUCCACAAGUCUGGUUCAUCCUUGGGAGCAAUUUCCAAACGCCUGAAGGUACCACGUUCAUCUGUACAAACAAUAGUACGCAAGUACAAACACCAUGGGACCACGCAGCCGUCAUACCGCUCAGGAAGGAGACACGUUCUGUCUCCUAGAGAUUAACGUACUUUGGUGCAAAACGUCUAAAUCAAUCCCAGAACAACAGCAAAGUGUGGUCCUCUGUAGCUCAACUGGUAGAGCACGGCGCUUGUAACGCCAAGGUAGUGGGUUCGAUCCCCAGGACCACCCAUACACAAAAAUGUAUGCACGCAUGACUGUAAGUCGCUUUGGAUAAAAGCGUCUGCUAAAUGGCAUAUUAUAUUAUUAUUAUUAUUAUUAUUAUUAUUAUAGCAAAGGACCUUGUGAAGAUGCUGGAGGAAACAGGUACAAAAGUAUCUAUAUCCACAGUAAAACGAGUCCUAUAUCGCAUUACCUGAAAGGCCGCUCAGCAAGGAAGAUGCCACUUCUCCAAAACCACCAUAAAAAAGCCAGACUACGGUUUGCAACUGCACAUGGGGACAAAGAUGGUACUUUUUGGAGAAAUGUCCUUUGGUCUGAUGAAACAAAAAUAGAACUGUUUGGCCAUAAUGACCAUCGUUAUGUUUGGAGGAAAAAGGGGGUUGCUUGCAAGCCGAAGAACACCAUCCCAACCGUGAAUCACAGGGGUGGCAGCAUCAUGCUGUGUGGGUGCUUUGCUGCAGGAGGGACUGGUGCACUUCACAAAAUAGAUGGCAUCACGAGGAAGGAAAAUUAUGUGGAUAUAUUGAAGCAACAUCUCAAGACAUCAGUCAGGAAGUUAAAGCUUGGUCGCAAAUGGGUCUUCCAAAUGGACAAUGACCCGAAGCAUACUUCCAAAGUUGUGGCAAAAUGGCUUAAAGACAACAAAGUCAAGGUAUUGGAGUGGCCAUCACAAAGCCCUGACCUCAAUCCUAUAGAAAAUUUGUGGGCACAACUGAAAAAGCGUGUGCGAGCAAGGAGGCCUACAAACCUGACUCAGUUACACCAGCUCUGUCAGGAGGAAUGGGCCAAAAUUCACCCAACUUAUUGUGGAAGGCUACCCGAAACGUUUGACCCAAGUUAAACAAUUUAAAGGCAAUGCUACCAAAUACUAAUUGAGUGUAUGUAAACUUCUGACCCACUGGGAAUGUGAUGAAAUAAAUAAAAGCUGAAAUAAAUCCUUCUCUCUAGUAUUAUUCUGACAUUUCACAUUCUUAAAAUAAAGUGGUGAUCCUAACUGACCUAAGACAGGGAAUUUUUACUAGGAUUAAAUGUCAGGAAUUGUGAAAAACCGAGUUUAAAUGUAUUUGGCUAAAGUGUAUGUAAACUUCCAACUUCAACUGUAUGUUUCGGUUUUUGUAUAUAUAAUUUUCGUCAAUCUCUAAGCUGCAAGAUCAUCCAAAACUGUAGUAUUAACCUAAUGAGUCCCACCAUAAUGAUGUCGCAUUUUGUACCUUCUAACCCCUUUUAAACAUUGUCUGUUUAAGCUACAGACCAUUGGACCAUUGGAUUCAUGUAUUUCUUCUGUAUCCGUAGAUACCAACCAUUAGCCUGUGUGAUUAACAGGGGCUGAGCUACAGCAGUGUUUGUGAGACAAGGACGAAUCCCGACGGGGCCCGGGCCCGGGCCCGGGUAUUUUUACAAAAUCGUCUGUAGAGUCCAAAUGGUUUGAGCUACAAACUAUUAAAAGCUAUCUAUGAAAGGCUGAUAAUCUCACAAACAUGCACAUGUUUUGCUCUAUGACUCUCACAAGGUACACAAGAGUCGUUAGAAGGUAAGGGGUUCUUCUACAUAGAAGAUCAUAGGAAAUCACAGGACACAGUGUCUAUAAUACUGUAAUAAGCUCACAUAGUUGCUAUCACAAACUCCAAACUCCACACAGUUAUCACUGAGUAGUUAGAUAUUAAUUUCCCAUUGAGCAAACAACUUCUGUACUUACAGCAUUCAUAUAAAUUAAGGUUUUUACAGCAUUCAUAUAAAUCAGGUUUUUGCUUUGGCAGACCUUAGUUUUUAUUGACAUUUGUCAAUGAAUGAAUGUAACUGUUUAUGUCAAAUUGUUUUCUGUUCUACUUUUCAACCCCUGGUUGUCCUGAAAAUAAAACUUGUAAAACACUUUAUUGAGAGGCUAAAUAUAAGGGCGGGACAUGCAGAUAAAUGAAAAGCCAAUUUGUUGAUGGGGUCUUGGGACUGAUAGGGUUAAAGCAAAGACAGAUCUCAACAGGCUUUCUCAGGUUUCAGCUUCAAAGUGGAUGCCUGUUUUUUAGAUAAAGAUACUGGUAUCUUUAUCAACACCUUGUUUCCAAAGAUAGAGAUGGGUUUCUGAACAAGUGUUGGCAGGUUUUAAAGUUUAUGCUUUUACACAUCAAUAUUCAGUAGAUUAAACUAAUCUAAUGGAUUUAUUAUCAGAAUAAUUAUCCACUGAAAUGUACAAACCUCUUGUGAAAUGUAACCCAAGUGCUCUGUCAAUUGCUACAUGAAGACUGUUUGUCAUGAUGUGGAGAAGAAAUUGAUUUAGGAUGUGAAUUAUAUUUUUGUUUUCAUUACAUUGUAUCCCUUAUUGCAAAAAAAAAACCUUAUAUGUGCCUUAUUGGACCUAACAGACCUUUUUCGUUUUGACCAAGUCACUUCAUUUUCAGUUACCUAACCCUUGUGAGUGUGCUUCCAGAAGUGCUCAUGUGAUCUGUUAAUUAUGGCAAUCCCUGUGUCAUCUCAGGCAGCAGCCUAGCUCACAGACCCUGAUUCUGAUUUGCUCUGACUGCUGCGUGAUUUCAGAUCAGACGGAAGUCUGCACGGUCACGUCUGUUCCAACCCCCACCUCCCACCUCUACAGCCUCUACACUACAGCCCUAAUGAAAUGUAUUUUUUAUAGCCACAGCAGUGAUGCAUGCUUUCAUGAACUCAACACAACAUCUGAAACAGCUGCUCAGUAGAUUUAGACAUUAUUUUGAUCCCUUGUUGAGAAUGAUUUAGGCGAUACUGGCGUGACAUGGCUAUUUAUGUGGCUUUGGUUUAGUCUCGGGAUGAGAUGCAUACAGAUGACAUCAUCGAGGCCAGUGUUCUCAUAAACAAUAGAAAUUCCUGUUCUCCCAUUUGGAAAACCAUCCCUAAUUCUCCAAAUUACCCCCUUAUAACUGGAACUGUGCCCCCUCUCUUCCAAGUUUAUGAUUGACUCAGAUUGACUUACAGUAGCUACCCAGAUACCCUGCAAAUAUUUACUUUAAAAGAACCCUUUAAAAUGAAAGUUUUCAUUGGCAUUUGUUUUUCUUCCCUCUGGUAGAUUCACAGGCAAAUAGAGGAGCGUACAUACAGCCUUUCAUUAUCUGUAGCUGUAUGUUAUUAUGGCUAAUAGAGCCAUCCAGGCAAAACAUUUUUAAUACAAAUCCUGGAUGCCCCUCUCUCUUGGUGUCCAUAACCUGUUACAGUAAGUAUGUAAGGACAUUAAUGUUCCAUGAUUUUAUUGUUGUAACGUUUUGUUGCACACCACAUGCUUGACAGCCCCCACCAAGACAGUUAUUAAAAACUCUCCCCCGCAUACUAGUGCUGGGAGCAUAAUGUGAGAUGUAAGUCAUGCAAAAAGGAUGAACAAGCUAGGGAGAGAAGAAGUAAGCACAUUCUGUAUAAACGGAUUAGCGCGUACCCUAAAGCCAUGUUUGUUCAAGUUCACACGAGGUUACUGAAACUAUUGUAAUUCAAAUGUAUUUACCUAGUCUUAGUGAUAGCAUGCCAAAUUACCUAAGAAGAAAAUGUGUUUGGAAAUUGUGGUUGGCAAAGUUAAUAACAGCUGAUAAUGAGCAUAAUAGGGUAUGUAUUAUUAGUAUUAAACUGUAAAGGAUCAGUUCAGACUUCUAUGCUAUUUAUAAUAUGCUACCCUGAACCAAGCAACAGGUUGAUGUCAUGUGAUGUCACGGCCUGACCUAUGGAACUCUUGUUUGUUGAGUCAGGGUGUGAAUGUCUAUUUGAGAUCUAUGUUAGUCUAUUUCUAUGUUGCAGAUCUAGGUUGAUCUUUCUAUGUUUGGCCGGGUGUGAUUCCCAAUCAGAGGCAGCUGUCGCUCGUUGUCUCUGAUUGAGGAUCAUACUUAAGUAGCCUGGCUGCCUACCUUAGUUGUGGGAUCUUGUUCGGUUUAGGCUUGUAUGUGUAUAGCCAGAGGACUUCACGUUACGGUGUUUCUUGUUUUGUUGUAUGUUUAUUUAGUUAAUAAACAUGUACGCUUUUCACGCUGCACCUUGGUCUGACCCGUCUCUCAACGAUCGUGAUGUGAGGCAUCUAUUAUUGUGAAAGUCUGUGUUUAUUAGGUGUUAUAUUGCUACAGUAUGCCAACAGUGUUAUACUGUAUAUAGAAGGCUAUAGGCUAUAUCAGGCAGCACAUCAAUUCCAUCCUCUCAACAUCUUUGAAAACUGACUGAAGGUUCAAUCAAGUAAAUUACAUUGAACACAUGUUUUGAUUUAAAGCGGGUGUGGUGUACCUCCCCAUAUAUUUACAUGAGAUGGAUACAGGAAUAGGUUUUUGAUUAAAUUGUUGGCCAAUCUAGAUAAUUGAAAGAUAAGUGAAUUUUCACUUAACAGACACGCCAAUGUCCUUCAGGAGUUUAAAACGGGGGAGGGGAAAUCCUUGGGAUAACUUGUGUUAAAGUCAGUGAUCAGUAGUGCUGUAUGAGUUGAUGGCGCUAGGCUCUUUCCAAAUGGCACCCUAUUCCCUACACAGUGCACUACUUUUGACCAAAUCCUUUAGUGCACUAUAUAGGAAAAGGGAUCCAUUUGGGACGCAUAACUAGUGAAUGAUGGGUCUGAAAAGGAUGGGAAAGUAGCCUUGGGAGCAGACAACGGGAGAGUAAAAUAUUACUACAGCAUUGCUUUGCUCUCUCAGGACUCAUCUUUCAAAAUGGUCUCAUUAGAUAUUUGUUUUCUAGUUCAUGAGGGUUUAUAAAACCUUGUCACAUACCAUUUCAUAGCAUAUUUUUAAGGCUGAAUGAAAGACAUUACCAUGAUGAACCAUGUUAAGUUUGGCAUUGAUAUAAAAAGGAAACUAUUAACAAUUCAUAACAAUUCAUAACAAUUCAAAUCUUCUCAUAGACUAAAAGUCAUAUUCACUCCAAAUGUGGUCUUUGCACUCAUCACAAUAGUCCCUAAAGAGUUUGAGAAAAUAAUGUUGAUGCAUUCAAAGAUGGCCACACUAUACCAGUAGAUAGCACACACAGUGCCUUCAGGAAGUAUUCAUACCCCUUGACUUAUUCCACAUUGUGUUGUGUUACAGCCUGAAUUCAAAAUGGAUUAAAUAGAUUUCUCACCCAUCUACACACAAUACCCCAUAAUGACAAAGUGAAAACAUGUUUUUAUAAAUGUUUGCAAAUGUAUUGAAAAUGAAACACAGAAAUAUCUUAUUUACAUACAGUACCAGUCAAAGGUUUGGACACACCUACUCAUUCCAGGGUUUUUAUUUAUUUUUACUAUUUUCUACAUUGUAGAAUAAUAGUGAAGACAUCAAAACUAUGAAAUAACACAUAUGGAAUCAUGUAGUAACCAAAAAAGUGUUAAACAAAUCAAAAUAUAUAUUUUAUUUGAGAUUCUUCAAAGUAGCUUCCUUUGCCUUAAUGACAGCUUUGCACACUCUUGGCAUUCUCUCAACCAGCUUCGUGAGGUAGUCACCUGGAAUACAUUUCAAUUAACCGGUGUGCCUUGUUUUAAAGUUAAUUUGUGGAAUUUAUUUCCUUCUUAAUGCGUUUGAGCCAAUCAGUUGUGUUGUGACAAGGUAUGGGGGGUGGGGUGGGGGGAUAUACAGAUGAUAGCUCUAUUUGGUAAAAGACCAAGUCCAUAUUAUGGCAAGAAUAGCUCAAAUAAGCAAAGAGAAACGACAGUCCAUCAUUACUUUAAGACAUGAAAGUCAGUCAAUCCGGAAAAUUUCAAGAACUUUGAACGUUUCUUCAAGUGCAGUUGCAAUUACCAUCAAGCGCUAUGAUUAAACUGGCUCUCAUGAGGACCGCCACUGGAAAGGAAGACCCAGAGUUCAUUAGAGUUACCUGCCUCAGAAAUUGCAGCCCAAAUAAAUGCUUCACAGUGUUCAAGUAACAGACACAUCUCAACAUCAACUGUUCAGAGGGGACUGUGUGAAUCAGGCCUUCAUGGUCGAAUUGCUGCAAAGAAACCACUACUAAAGGACAUCAAUAAGAAGAAGAGACUUGGUUGGGCCAAGAAACACGAGCAAUGGACAUUAGACGGGUGGAAAUCUGUCCUUUGGUCUGAUGAGUCCAAACUUGAGAGAUUAUUGGUUCCAACCGCCGUGUCUUUUUGAGACGCAGAGUAGGUGAACGGAUGAUCUACGCAUGUGUGGUUCCCACCGUGAAGCAUGGAGGAGGAGGUGUGAUGGUGUGGGGGUGCUUUGCUGGUGACAAUGUCUGUGAUUUAUUUAGAAUUCAAGGCACACUUAACCAGCAUGGCUACCACAACAUUCUGCAACGAUACGCCAUCCCAUCUGGUUUGGGCUUAGUAGGACUAUCAUUUGUUUUUCAACAGGACAAUGAUCCAACACACCUCCAGGCUGUGUAAGGGCUAUUUGACCAAGAAGGAGAGUGAUGAAGUGCUGCAUCAGAUGACCUGGCCUCCACAUUCACCCAACCUCAACCCAAUUGAGAUGGUUUGGGAUGAGUUGGACCGCAGAGUGAAGGAAAAGCAGCCAACAAGUGCUCAGCAUAUGUGGGAACUCCUUCAGAACUGUUGGAAAAGCAUUCCUCAUGAAGCUGGUUGAGAGAAUGCCAAUAGUGUGCAAAGCUGUCAUCAAGGCAAAGGGUGGCCACUUAUAUAAAAUAUAUUUUAAUUUGUUUAACACUUUUUUGGUUACUACAUGAUUCCAUAUGUGUUAUUUCAUAGUUUUGAUGUCUUCACUAUUAUUCUACAAUGUAGAAAAUAGUAAAAAUAUAGAAAAACCCUUGAAUGAGUAGGUGUGUCCAAACUUUUGACUGGUCCUGUAAGUAUUCACACCCCUGAGUCAGUACUUUGUAGAAGCACCUUUGGCGGCGUUUACAGCUUUGAGUUGUCUUGGGUAUGUCUGUAUCAGCUUUGCACAUCUGGAUUUGGGGAUUUUCUCCCAUUCUUCCUUGCAGAUUUUCUCAAGCUCUGUUAAGUUAGGUGGGAAGCGGAGGUGAACAGCAAUCUUCAAGACUUUCCACAGAUUUCCAAUGGAAUUCAAGUCUGGGCUUUGGCUGGGCCACUCAAGGACUUUCACAUUCUUGUUCUGAAGCCAUUCCAUCGUUGCUUAGGCUGUAUGCUUGGGGUAAUUGUCCUGUUGGAACGUAAAUCUUCGCCCCAGUCUAAGGUUGUUUGCACUCUGAAGCAGGUUCUGAUCAAGGAUUUGCCUGUAUUUGGCUCCAUUCAUUGUUCCCGCUAUCCUUACCAGUCUCCCAGUCCCUGCCGCUGAAAAGCAUCCCCAUAGCAUGAUACUGCCACCACCAUGCUUCACGGUCGGGAUUGUGUUAGACGGGGGAUGAGCUGUGCCUGGUUUUCUCCAAACAUAGCGCUUUGCAUUUAGGCCAAAGAGUUCAAUUUGUGUCUCAGCAGACCACAGAAUAUUUUGCCUUAUGAUCUCAAGAGUCUUUCACAUGCCUUUUUGCAAACUCCAGGCAUGCUGUCAUGUGCCUUUUUCUCAGGAGUGGCUUCUGUCUGGCCACUCUCCCAUAAAGACCAGAUUGGUGAAGUGCUGUAGAGACUGUUGUCCUUCUGGCAGGUUCUCCAAUUUGGUCGGACGGCCAGCUCUAGGCAGAGUCUAGGUCAUUCCAUAUUUUUACAAUGAUGGAGACUACUGUGCUCUUGGAAACGUUCAACACUCUAGAAAUUGUUUUAUACCCUUCCCCAGAUAUAUGCCUCAUCACAAUUCUAUCUUGGAGAUCUACGGACAGUAGACUUCAUGGUAUAGUUUCUGCUCUGACAUGCGCUUUCAACUGUGGGACCUUAUAUAGACAGGAGUGUCCAAACAAUUGAAUUGGCCACAGGUGGACUCCAAUAAAGUUGUAGUGACAUCUCAAGGAUGAUCAAAUGAAAUUGGAUGCUCAAUUUGGAGUGUCAUAGCAAAGGGGUGUGAAUAGUUACACUACAUUACCAAAAAUAUGUGCUCGUCGAACAUCUAAUUCCAAAAUCAUGGGCAUUAAUAUGGAGUUGGUCCUCCCUUUGCUGCUUUAACAGCCUCCACUCUUUUGGGAAGGCUUUCCACUAGAUGUGUUAAACUUGCUGCGGGGACAUGCUUCCAUUCAGCCACAAGAGCAUUAGUGAGGUCGGGCACUGAUGUUGGGCGAUUAAGCCUGGCUUGCAGUUGGCGUCCCAAUUCAUCCCAAAGGUGUUCGAUGGGUUUGAGGUCAGGGCUCUGUGAAGGCCAGUCAAGUUCUUCCACAGCGAUCUCGACAAGCCAUUUCUGUAUGAACCUCGCUUUGUGCACGGGGGCAUUGUCAUGCUGAAACAGGAAAGGGCCUUCCCCAAACUGUUGCCACAAAGUUGGAAGCACAGAAUCAUCUAGAAUGUCAUUGUAUGCUAUAAGAUUUCCCUUCACUGGAACUAAGGGGCCUAGCCCAAACCAUGAAAAACGGUGCCAGACCAUUAUUCCUUCUCCACCAAACUUUACAUUUGGCCACUAUGCACUCAGGCAGGUAGCGUUCUCCUGGCAUCUGCCAAACCCAGAUUCGUCCGUCGGACUGCCAGAUGGUGAAGCAUGAUUCAUCACUCCAGAGAACGAGUCCAAUGACGGCGAGUUUUACAACACUCCAGCCAUCGCUUGGCAUUGCGCAUGGUGAUCUUAGGCUUAUGUGCGGCUGCUCAGCCAUGGAAACCCAUUUCAUGAAGCUCCCGACUAACAGUUAUUUUGCUGACGAUGCUUCCAGAGGCAGUUUGAAACUCGGUAGUGAGUGUUGCAACCGAGGACAGACGUUUUUUUACACGCUUCGCACCUCAGCACUCGGCAGUCCCGUUCUGUGAGCUUGUGUGGCAUACCACUUCGCGGCUGAGCCAUUGUUGCUCCCAGAUGUUCCACUUCACAAUAAUAGCACUUGUUGGAAAGGUGGAAUCCUAUGACGGUGCUUCAGUUCUUCAUUAAGGCCAUUCUACUGCCAAUGUUUGUCUAUGGAGAUUGCAUGGCUGUGUGCUCAAUUUUAUACACCUGUCAGCAAUGGGUGUGGCUGAAAUAGCGGAAUCCACUAAUAUGAAGGGGUGUCCACAUAGUUUUGUAUAUAUAGUGUAUGUAAAUGAGAUAUUUCAGUAUUUCAUUUUCAAUAAAUAAAUCAAGGGGAUUGAAGGCACUGUAACCUAAUAUGCUAAAUAAUACAUGAAACAUAAGACCAAAUGACAACAUUUUUGGAAUGUAUGCCCAUGGUACAUGAUUUUCUGAUUUUACAUGUCCAUUUAAACCACUGUAAAUCCACUCCACAGUAGCCUAUCAAACUUUGUCAUUGCUAUCAUGGAUGUCCCUAAAAUGAACCACACUGAAUUUGGUAUUGAUAUCUCAAAACCAAGGAAACUAUUAACAACUCAUUCUUUGCAUAUGUAACGCUAAAGCUCAAAAUCAUCUGCAAUCAUCUUCUCCUCAUGAACCAUACAUCAGCUUCACUCCAGAUUUUGUAUUUAGACUCAUUACAUCAGUCUUUAAUGGUUUUGCGAAAAAGGUACCUAUAGAUGCACGCACUGUACCUAUAGAUGCAUGUUAGCACAUAUGCUAAUGCUAAAAAUACUUAUUCUCAUGAUCCAAAAAUCAGAUUGACUCCAGAUUUGGUAUAUACUGUAGAAUCAAUGCAUUAGCCUCUAAUGAAUUUGAUAAUGAUUAGUUGCUGCAUUCCAAGUUGGCCACACUACACCACGAGAUGGCACCAUAUCACACCAGGGCUAUAAGAACUGAACCGAUGGACAUGGGGCCAUGACAUUUGGUAUGUAAACCUAAUGUAUAUGUCCUUAGAAGCUGUGUGAAUAUAAAGUCACUGUAACAUUAGAUGGCUGCACCAGACCAGUUGGUGGCACUAUAGAUGUCAUUGGCACCAGUCGCACCAUAGGAUACUAGAGCAAUAACUAUUGAUCAAGUGGACUUUGUCUCAUGCAAAUAAAUGUUAGAAUUAAAUUAUGCAGAUGAACAAUGUGAAAUAUCAUGAAAAUAACGCUGAAAAUAUGUCACAAAUCUAACAUAAACCAUUAGUCAAAUUGACCCAAUUGUUGGUAUAUAAACUCAAUAUAUUAAGUAAUGACUUUAAGAAUGAUUACCUGCUGCAUUCAAAGAUAGCCAACCUAAACCACUAGACUAAACUUAACUUGUGUCAUCCUUGUGGUAUUGAGAGAUAAACAUGGUAAUGCUUUCACUGAUUACACAUAAAGGAAGAUAGUUCCUACAUUGAGGAAUAUACAAUCUAUUUACAACCAAUUUAUUAGGUACACACGUCUAGUACCGGGUCGGCUCCCCCUUUGCCUCCAGAACAGCCUGAAUUCUUCGGGGCAUGGAAACGUUGCUCAAUUGGUAUCAAGGGACCUAACGUGUGCCAGAAAAACAUUCCCCACACCAUUACACCACCACCACCAGCCUGUACAGUUGACACCAGGCAAGAUGGGGCCAUGGACUCAUUCUGCUUACGCCAAAUCCUGACUCUUCUAUCAGCAUGACGCAACAGGAACCGGGAUUCGUCGGACCAGGCAAUGUUUUUCCACUCCUCAAUUGACCAGUGUUGGUGAUUGCGUGCCCACUGGAGCCGCUUCUUCUUGUUUUUAGCUGAUAGGAGUGGAGCCCAGUGUAGUCGGCUGCUGCAAUAGCCCAUUUGUGACAAGGACCGACAAGUUGUGCGUUCCGAGAUGCUGUUCUGCAAACCACUGUUGUACUGCACCGGUAUUUGCCUGUUUGUGGCCCGCCUGUUAGCUUGCAUGAUUCUUGCCAUUCUCCUUCGACCUCUCAUCAACGAGCUGUUUUCGGCUACAGGACUGCCGCUGACUGGAUGUUUUUAGUUUGUCGCACCUUUCUCUGUAAAUCCUAGACACUGUCGUGUGUGAAAAGCCCCGGAGGCCUGCCGUUUCUGAGAUACUGGAACUGGCGCGGCUGGCACCGACGAUCAUACCAAGCUCAAAGCCGUUUAGGUCACUCGUUUAGCCCAUUCUAAUGUUCAAUCAAACAGUAACUGAAUGCCUCAAUGCCUGUCUACCUGCUUUAUAUAGUAAGCCACGGUCACGUGACUCACUGUCUGUAGGAGCGAACCAUUUUCGUAAAAUGGCCACUGAGUGUACAUCGUCAUUCACAGGCUUCAUUAGGAUAUGUGUUGAUGAUGUUGUACCCACAAUAACAAUCCGGAUAUAUCCCAACCAAAAACCCUGAAUGAACUGAGAAAUCCGUACCAUGCUGAGAAACGGGAAAGGGGAAAGGGGAGACCUAGUCAGUUGCACAACUGAAUACAUUCAACCAAAAGGUGUUUUCUGCAUUUAACCCAACUCCAGAGCCUGUACUGCAGAAAUUCAAUGUCAGCAAAACGAACCCCGACAACUCAGUGGCGUGCGACAUGUACAAGCAGGUACGAGCUCCGCAAAUCUAUUAGGGACACAAAAAUAAAACUCUAUGCGGUACCCACCGAAGCCUCCCUACCAGACGAACUUAACAUAUUCUAUGCUGGCUUUGAGACAGACUACCGAGCCAUCCAGGCUGGCUCUCGCUGCUCUGGACGACCAGGUGCUUUCGCUCUCCGAGGCUGAACUCUCAAAAGAGUGAAUACUCACAAAGUUGCCGGCCCAGAUGGCAUCCUUGGCCGCGUCCUCAGAGUGCACUGACCAGCUGGCGGUCAUCUUCUUGGACAUCUACAACCUGUCCCUGUCCCAGGCUGUAAUCCCCACUUGCUUCAAGGAGACCACAAUCGUCCCAGUGCCCAAGAAAAGCAAGGUGACAUGCCCAAAUGACUAUCGCCCCAUCGCACUCACCCUGGUCAUCAUGAAGUGCUUCGAGAGGCUGGUCACAGCCCACAUCAAGGCCAGCAUGCCAGGCACACUGGACCCACUUCAAUUGCCUUACCGCUCCAACAGAUUCACGGAAGAGGCCAUUUCCAUCGCUAUUUACAUGGCCCUAACACAUCUGGACACGAGGAACACCUAUGUGAAAAUGCUGUUCAUUGACUACAGUUCCGCAUUCAACACCAUUCUUCCCUCCAAGUUCGCCACCAAGCUCAGAGCCCUGGGUCUAGACACUACCCUCUGCAACUGGAUUCUGGACUUCCUGACGGGCAGACAACAGGCUGAAAGGAUUGGCAACAACACCUCAUCCACACUGACUCUUAACACAGAGGCCCCCAGGGGUGUGUCUUCAGCCCUCUGUUGUACUCCCUGUUCAUCCAUGACUGCGUGGCUUUGCAUGACACCAACUCCAUCAGGUUUGCUGACGAGUCAGCCUAUAGGGAGGAGGUGAACUGGCAUUGUGGUACCAGGACAACAACCUCUCCCUCAACGUCAGCAAAACAAAGGAGUUGAUUGUUGACUUCAGGAAGCAGAGGAGGGAACACGUCCACAUCAAUGGGACUGCAGUAGAGAGAGUCAGCAGUUUUAAGUUCCUCCGCAUCCACAUCACCAAGGACUUCACAUGGACCAACAACAACAGCGCCUCUACUUCCUAAGGCGGCUGAAGAAAUUCAACAUGCCACCCCGGGUACUCUCAAUACUGCUGCUGCACCAUCGAGAGCGUCCUGACCGGUUGCAUCACGGCCUGGUACGGGAACAGCUCUGUCCACAACCACAAGGCCAUCCAGCGGGUGGUGAAGACAGCCCAGUACAUCACUGGGGCCGUGUUAACACCAAUCCAGGACAUCUACUUGAAACGGUGCCUGAGGAAGUCCCGCAGCAUCAUCAAAGACUUUACACACCCCAGCCACAAGCUGUUCACUCCAUUCGCGUCGGGGAGACGGUAUUGGAACAUGAGGUCUAAUACCAACAGGCUCAGAGACAGUUUCUAUCUACAAACCAUCAGACUGCUGAACACUUGAACUGAACUGACCACCUGCACUGACUCUCCGCACCUUAGUACACAUGCAUUCACUCACUCACUCACUCACGCACACACCCACACAGAUAUCCACACAUCCACACACACACAAACACACACACACACACACCAGUGGCAGCUCCUCAGAGGAGGAAGGGGAGAACCAUCCUCCUCAGUGAAUUUCAUAAAAAUACAAAUAGUGAAACAUUAAAAAGUUAUCCUUUUUAGAUAAAACGAUACUAAAUAUAUUCACGUCACCACUAAUUGAUUAAAACACACUGUUUUGCAAUGAAGGUCUACAGUAGCCUCAACAACACUCUGUAGGGUAGCACCAUGGUGUAGAUGGAGGACAGCUAGCUUCCGUCCUCCUCUAGGUACAUUGACUUCAAUACAAAACCUAGGAGGCUAAUGGUUCUCACCCCCUUCCAUAGACUUACACAGUAAUUAUGACAAUUUCCGGAGGACGUCCUCCAAUCUAUCAGAGCUCUUGCAGCAUGAACUGACAUGUUGUCCACCCAAUCAAAGGAUCAGGGAAUUAAUCUAGUACUGAAAGCAUAAGCUACAGCUAGCUAGCACUGCAGUGCAUAAAAUGUGGUGAGUAGUUGAUUCAAAGAGAGAGAAAGACCAUAGUUGAAACAGUUUUGAACAAAUUAAUUUCUUCAAAAAUGAAGGAGAAAGCGAUGGAGAGCUCUAUAUUUCGUAAUUUUUUUCCUCACUUUCACUUACUUAGCUAGCAAAUGCAGCUAGCUACUUUAGCCUAUUCAAACACCUGGCUCAAACAGAGGGAUGCUGUGUUAGCUAGCUGGCUAUAACUAUCCAACACAACACUGGAACUUUUCCAAGUCAAGAUAAGCUUUUGGUUUUACAAAUGUAUUGCCACCGGGGCCCGCCGGUGUAACUGCUGAACUGCUUACUGACUAUAUACUUUACUGCAUGAUUGUAGCGGGUUUACUAACACAUUAGUUCUAUUAGUGAUGUUGACUAUGAUGUUACUUUAGCUAAUAUGGUAACAACGAUGUAGGCUGUGUGUUGCGGUUAGGAUAUGGUUUGGAAAGAUUUUUUAGUCCACAAGCGAAGGGAAAAGGUGAGAGCACAUACAGUCGGAGGUUUACAUACACUUAGGUUGGAGUCAUUAAAAUUCGUUUUUCAACCACUCCACAUUACAUUACAUUAAAGUCAUUUAGGCAGACGCUCUUAUCCAGAGCGACUUACAGUUAGUGAAUAAUAUAUUUUUAUUACUGGCCCAGUGGGAAUCGAACCACACCCUGGACGUUGCAAAAGCCAUGCUCUACAACUGAGCCUACACCCUGCCGGCCAUUCCCUCCCCUACCUGGGACGACGAUGGGCAAUUUGCGCCGCCCAUGAGUCUCCCGGUCACGGCCGGCUGCGACAGAGCCUGGAUUCGAACCAGGAUCUAGUGGCACAGUUAGCACUGCGAUGCAGUGCCUUAGACCACUGCGCCACUCAAGUUUGUCUUGUUAACAAACUAUAGUUUUGGCAAGUCGGUUAGGACAUGUACUCUGUGCAUGACACAAGUCAUUUUUCCAACAAUUGUUUACAGACAGAUAAUUUCACUUAUAAUUCACUGUAUCACAAUUCCAGUGGGUCAGAAGUUUACAUACACUAAGUUGACUGUGCCUUUAAACAGCUUGGAAAAUUCCAGAAAAUUAUAUCAUGGUGUUAGAAGCUUCUGAUAGGCUAAUUGACAUAAUUUGACUCAAUUGGAGGUGUACCUGUGGAUGUAUUUCAAGGCCUACCUUCAAACUCAGUGCCUCUUUGCUUGACAUCAUGGGAAAAUCAAAAGAAAUCAGCCAAGACCUCAGAUUUUUUUUUUUGGACCUCAGAAAAAAAAUUGUAGACCUCCACAAGUCUGCUUCAUCCUUGGGAGCAAUUUCCAAACGCCUGAAUGGUAACACGUUCAUCUAUACAAACAAUAGUACGCAAGUAUAAACACCAUGGGACCAUGCAGCCGUCAUACCGCUCAGUAAGGAGACGCGUUCUGUCUCCUAGAGAUGAACGUACUUUGGUGCGAAAAGUGCAAAUCAAUCCCAGAACAACAGCAAAGGACCUUGUGAAGAUGCUGGAGGAAACAGGCACAAAAGUAUCUAUUUCCACAGUAAAACGAGUCCUAUAUCGACAUAACCUGAAAGGCCGCUCAGCAAGGAAGAAGCCACUGCUCCAAAACCGCCAUAAAAAAUCCAGGCUAGGGUUUGCAACUGCACAUGGGGACAAAGAUGGGUACUUUUUGGAGAAAUGUCCUCUGGUCUGAUGAAACAAAAAUAGAACUGUUUUGCCCCUGUAGCUCAGUUGGUAGAGCAUGGCGAUUGCAACGCCAGGGUUGUGGGUUCGUUUCCCACGGGGGGCCAGUAUGAAAAUGUAUGCACUAACUGUAAAUCGCUCUGGAUAAGAGCGUCUGCUAAAUGACAAAAAAAAAAAUAAUAUAAUAAUAAUAAUAAUAAUAAUAAUGACCAUCGUUAUGUUUGGAGGAAAAAGGGGGUUGCUUGCAAGCCAAAGAACACCAUCCCAACCGUGAAGCACGGGGGUGGCAGCAUCAUGCUGUGGGGGUGCUUUGCUCCAGGAGGGACUGGUGCAUUUCACAAAAUAGGAAGGAAAAUUAUGUGGAUAUAUGGAUAUAUUGAAGCAACAUCUCAAGACAUCAGUCAGGAAGUUAAAGCUUGGUCGCAAAUGGUCUUCCAAAAGGACAAUGACCCCAAGCAUACUUCCAAAGUUGUGGCAAAAUGGCUUAAGGACAACAAAGUCAAGGUAUUGGAGUGGCCAUCACAAAGCCCUGACCUCAAUCCUAUAGAAAAUGUGUGGGCAGAACUGAAAAAGCAUGUAUGAGCAAGGAGGCCUACAAACCUGACUCAGUUACACCAGCUCUGUCAGGAGGAAUUGGCCAAAAUUCACCCAACUUAUUGUGGGAAGCUUGUGGAAGGCUACCCUAAACGUUUGACCCAAGUUAAACAAUUUAAAGGCAAUGCUACCAAAUACUAAUUGAGUGUAUGUAAACUUCUGACCCACUGGGAAUGUGAUGAAAGAAAUAAAAGCUGAAAUAAAUCCUUCUCUCUAGUAUUAUUCUGACAUUUCACAUUCUUAAAGUAAAGUGGUGAUCCUAACUGACCUAAGACAGGGCAUUUUUACUAGGAUUAAAUGUCAGGAAUUGUGAAAAACUGAGUUUAAACGUAUUUGGCUAAGGUGUAUGUAAACUUCCGACUUCAACUGUAGAUGCGAAAAGGAAUACAACGUUGCUGCUAUGAAAGUGAACUGUGUUUACGUGUGAUCAGGGGUGUAUUUAUUCCGCCGAUUCUGUUGAAAAACAUUUCUUAAACUCUUGUUUGCAACUGUUGGACUAAUGAUUACACCCUAGAUCAGCUAGAUGCAGGCAAGAGUGUGCAAGGCGGUCUAAGUGUCACUGUCUGUCACCUCAAAUUUUUCUCUCGACCUGUGUGCACAAACGUUGUAAACUUGAAUUCAUAGGCUAGGUUGGAGCAACCUCAUGAUGGGUAUAGUAUAGGGAAAAUUUGAGUAUCCUGUAGUAGCCUAAACCUAUCAAUGUUACAAUGAACUGGGUGAAUAGAAUAUGAAUGACCGUCAUCCAAUAAGCUGUAAUAGAAAUAAGGCUAUGCUCAUAAAAAAUUAAAAAACGUCCUUCCUCAUCUUAAACGGUACCGACUGCCACUGACACACACAUAUACAUUCAUGCUACACACACAUCACAAUUGCUGCUACCAGACUCUUAUUUACUAUUGCUAAUUCAGCACAAUUUAAACACUUGCCUCCAAAUCCCCCUUUUCUCUAAUACAUAUGUAAAUAUUGUACUAUAAAUUGUGCCUUCCUGUAUUAUACUUAUGCUAAAAUGUUUAUUCUAUUCUAUUGAGCCAUUUACUUUCUGUUCGUAUUCUAAUAUUUUAUUAUUUCUUAUUGUUGUUGCAUCCUGGAGAAGGAGCCUGCAAGUAAGCAUUUUGUUGGAUGUGUAUACCAUGUGUAUCCUGUACAUAAACUAAUAAAACUUAAAAACUUGAAACUUCCUACAUGAUAGAGUGCUUGCUUUGUUAUGCAACUGAUGUUGUGUCCUUUCUGUCUUCCUCUGAACCCCGUUCAUUGCUGCUCGCAGCUAUAUUGUAUAGAGUGCUUUUUCAUUUUUAUCUUGGAUUUACAGCGCCUUCAGAAAAUAUUCAUACCCGUUGACUUAUUCAACAUUUUGUUAUGUUACAGCCUGAAUUAAAAAUGGAUACAAAAUAAAUAAAAAAUCUCACCUACACACAUACCCCAUAAUGACAAAUUGAAUACAUGUUUUUAGAGAUUUUUGCAAGUUUAUUGAAAAUUUAAUACAGAAACAUCACAUUUACGUAGGUAUUCACACCCCUGAGUCAAUCCAUGUUAGAAUACUAAAUAUAUUAACAUGUCACCACUAAUUGAUUAAAACACACUGUUUUGGCAGUGAUUACAGCUGUGAGUCUUUCUGGGUAAGUCUCUAAGAGCUUUACACACCUGGAUUGUACAAUAUUUUCACAAUGUAAAUUUUUUUUGUGUGUUAUAUUCAAGCUCUGUCAAGUUGGUUGUUGAUCAUUGCUAGACAGACAUUUUCAAGUCUUGCCAUAGAUUUUAAAGCCGAUUUAAGUGAAAACUGUAGCUAGGCCACUCAGGAACAUUCAAUGUCAUCUUGGUAAAAGCAACGACAGUGUAUAUUUGGCCUUGUGUUUUAGGUUAUUGUCCUGCUGAAAGGUGAAUUUGUCUCCCAGGGUCAUUUGGAAAGCAGACUGAACCAGGUUUUCUUCUAGGAUUUUGCCUGUGCUUAGCUCUAUUCCAUUUAUUUUUAUCCUAAAAAACUCCCUAGUCUUUGUUGAUGACAGGUAUACCCAUAACAUGAUGCAACCAACACCAUGCUUGAAAAUAUGAAGAGUGGCACUUAGUGAUGUGUUGUGUUGGAUUUGCCCCUAACAUAAUGCUUUGUAUUCAGGACAUAAAGUGAAUUUCUUUGCCAGAUUUCUUGUAGUUUUCCUUUAGUGCCUUAUUGCAAACAGAAUGUAUGUUUUGGAAUAUUUUUAUCAGUAAAGAUCUGACCCUCCAGUAGAGGGUGCCAUCACCCUUAACUUUUUUAUUCUCAGCAUUGAGAUGCAAUUCUCAGAAUUGUCAUGGUUGUCCUUCUCUCCUUAUCUCUACCCUGCGAUAAGGAUCCAAAAACCCAUCCGGAAAAAAAUCUUCCUCAUAACCAUAAUUACAUUUUCCAGUAUUGUGCAAAGCUUUAUGUAGUUUAAGCUGAAGCAUUUACUGGCUAGCUUUGUAGUGUAUGUAGUAGUCAGUGAACCAAUGCAGCAUGGCAGAUCAGAGAUCCACCUUCGAGGCAGAAGUGAACUAGAUCAAUCAGCUCAGCUUUGUCAAAAGGAGAGAGCGAGACUAGGCUUCCUCUCCUCUCCUCUCCUCUUUCUCUGUCUCUCUCUCUCGCCGCUUUUCAAUCCACUUGUGUGGACUGUCACACAGUGGAUCUUAAGUGUCACAUCCACUUGGCAGGCUUUUCAUGUUGAAUUAAUUCAACUGCUGAACAAACAUUUUUGGGGUGCCAAAAACCAAAACUGUAUAGCUGCCGUAUUAGACUAAAAAAUAAACACACCAGAAUUACCAACAUAGAAAUAAACACAUAGAAUGAACACACCCUGGCUCAACAUAUAGAGUCCCAGAGCCAGGGUGUGACAGUACCCCCCCCCUAAAGGCGCGGACUGCGACCGCGCCUCAACUUGAACAAAACAGGGGAGGGCUGGGCGGGCAUACCUCCUCGGCGGCGGUUCUGGCUCCGGCCUUGACCACCACCCUCCAAUACACCCCCCAUAGCGCCCCUGGUCCAGUCUGGCCCCGCCGGCUGGAGCUGAACUGGACUUAGCAGGAGCGGUUAGCUUCAGCUCCAUAGUGGAGCAGUUGACCGGUACCUUACCAGGCACCGGUGACCCAGGCACGGGUUGUGCUGGACUGACGACGCGCACCCCUGGCUUGGUGCGUGGAGGAGGAACGGGCCUUACCAGGCUGACGACGCGCACCCCUGGCUUGGUGCGUGGAGGAGGAACGGGCCUUACCAGGCUGACGACUCGCACCCCUGGCUUAGUGCGUGGAGGAGGAACGGGCCUUACCAGGCUGACGACUCGCACCCCUGGCUUGGUGCGUGGAGGAGGGACGGGCCUUACCAGGCUGACGACUCGCACCCCUGGCUUGGUGCGUGGAGGAGGAACGGGCCUUACCAGGCUGACAUCUCGCACCCCUGGCUUAGUGCGAGUGGCAGGAACAGGCCGGGCCGGGCUGGCGACGCGCACCGUAGACUUGGUGCGAGUGGCAGGAACAGGCCGGGCCGGGCUGGCGACGCGCACCGUAUACUUGGUGCGAGUGGCAGGAACAGGCCGGGCCGGGCUGGCGACGCGCACCGUAUACUUGGUGCGAGUGGCAGGAACAGGCCGGGCCGGGCUGGCGACGCGCACCGUAGACUUGGUGCGAGUGGCAGGAACAGGCCGGGCCGGGCUGGCGACGCGCACCGUAUACUUGGUGCGAGUGGCAGGAACAGGCCGGGCCGGGCUGGCGACGCGCACCGUAGACUUGGUGCGUGGAGCAGGGACAGGCCGGACUGGGCUGGCGACGCACACCGUAGGCUUGGUGCGAGGAGCAGGGACAGGCCGGGCUGGGCUGUCGACGCACACCGUAGGCUUGGUGCGUGGAGCAGGGACAGGCCGGGCUGGGCUGGCGACGCACACCGUAGGCUUGGUGCGUGGAGCAGGGACAGGCCGGGCUGGGCUGUCGACGCACACCGUAGGCUUGGUGCGUGGAGCAGGGACAGGCCGGGCUGGGCUGUCGACGCACACCGUAGGCUUGGUGCGUGGAGCAGGGACAGGCCGGACCGGGCUGGCGACGCACACCGUAGGCUUGGUGCGUGGAGCAGGGACUGGCCGGACUGGGCUGGCGACGCACACCGUAGGCUUGGUGCGUGGAGCAGGGACAGGCCGAACCGGGCUGUGGAGACGGAUAGGAGACCUGGAGUGAAGAGCGGCCACAACCCGUCCUGGCUGAAUGCCUACCCUCACACACUCCGUGUGAGGCAUCCGCACAGGACGUACAGGGCGGUGUAUCCGUAACCUGGUGGCCUUCUGAAUCCGCCCCUUUUUUGCCUCCGUCAGCCCCGUCGUCCAUGCCGUGUGCCCCCCCCUAAAAAAUUUCUGGGGUUGCCUCUCGCCUGUCCGACGUUGACCCGUUUGGCGCCGCUGCUCCUCUCUACGGCGCGCCUCCACCGUCUCUUCUCCCGGCGCUUCCUCCCAUGUCCAGCCCAAGAGCUGCCCCUGGACACGCUGCUUGGUCGUUGCAUGGUGGGUUCUUCUGUCACGAUCGUCAGGGAGAGACCAAGGCGCAGCGUGAUGAACGAACAUGUUUAACUUUAUUAUCUUUAGUGAUAAUAGAACACAAUCAACAAAACAAGAAACGACUCGUGAAGUCCACGGUAACAAUGACCGAACACGGAACAAGAACCCACAAACACAAAGGGAAAAUAGACAGUAUAAAUAUGGCUCCCAAUCAGAGACAACCAACGACAGCUGACACUCGUUGCCUCUGAUUGGGAGUCACUCUAGCCAACAUAAUGUUCUGCUAUAGGAAAAUAUUAUUUAUGAACAUGUAGGCUACAUUUCCAAUCAUCAUAAUGAUGUGAUAAUAUUAAUUUGAGCAAUUUAAUAGCCUAAUACAGUACCCCCUUACAGUGCAUUCGGAAAUUAUUCAGACCCCUUGACUUUUUCCACAUUUUGUUAUGUUACAGCCUUAUUCUAAAAUGGAUUAAAUAUAUUUUUUUCCUCAUCAAUUUACACACAAAACCCCAUAAUGACAAAUAGAAAACAGAAAUCGUUUAUUUACAUAAGUAUUCAGAUCCUUUGCUAUGAGACUCGAAAUUGAGCUCAGAUGCAUCCUGUUUCCAUUGAUUAUCCUUGAGAUGUUUCUACAACUUGAUUGGAGUCCACCUGUGGUAAAUUCAAUUGAUUGGACAUGAUUUGGAAAGGCACACACCUGUCUAUAUAUAGUGGGGAGAACAAGUAUUUGAUACACUGCCGAUUUUGCAGGUUUUCCUACUUACAAAGCAUGUAGAGGUCUGUAAUUUUUAUCAUAGGGACACUUCAACUGUGAGAGACGGAAAAAUCCAGAAAAUCACAUUGUAUGAUUUUUAAGUAAUUUAAGUAACAGGAUUGUGUCGAGGCACAGAUCUGGGGAAGGGUACAAAAAAAUGUCUGCAGCAUUGAAGGUCCCCAAGAACACAGUGGCCUCCAUCAUUCUUAAAUGGAAGAAGUUUUGAACCACCAAUACUCUUCCUAGAGCUGGCCGCCCGGCCAAACUGAGCAAUCAGGGGAGAAGGGUCUUGGUCAGGGAGGUGACCAAGAACCUGAUGGUCACUGACAGAGCUCCAGAGUUCCUCUGUGGAGAUGGGAGAACCUUCCAGAAGGACAACCAUCUCUGCAGCAUUCCACCAAUCAGGCCUUUAUGGUAGAGUGGCCAGACGGAAGUCAUUCCUCAGUAAAAGGCACACGUCAGCCCGCUUGGAGUUUGCCAAAAGGCACCUGAAGGACUCUCAGACCAUGAGAAACAAGAUUCUCUGGUCUGAUGAAACCAAGAUUGAACUCUUUGGCCUGAACGCCAAGUGUCACGUCUGGAGGAAACCUGGCACCAUCCCUACGGUGAAGCAUGGUGGUGGCAGCAUCAUGUUGUGGGGAUGUUUUUCAGAAGCAGGGACUGGGAGACUAGUCAGGAUUGAGGGAAAGAUAAAAGGAGCAAAGCACACAGAGAGAUCCUUGAUGAAAACCUGCUCCAGAGCGCUCAGGACCUCAGACUGGGGCGAAGGUUCACCUUCCAACAGGAGAACAACCCUAAGCACACAGCCAAGACAAUAGAGGAGUGGCUUCGGUACAAGUCUCUGAAUGUCCUUCUGUGGCCCAGCCAGAGCCCGGACUUGAACCCGAAAAUAGCUGUGCAGCGACACUCCCCAUCUAACCUGACAGACCUUGAGAGGAUCUGCAGAGAAGAAUGGGAGAAACUCCCCAAAUACAGGUGUGCCAAGCUUGUAGCGUCAUAUCCAAGAAGACUCAAGGUUGUAAUCGCUGCCAAAGGUGCUUCAACGAAGUACUGAGUAAAGGGUCUGGAUACUUAUGUAAAUGUGAUAUUUUUAUUUUUUUUAUUUUUAAUACAUUGGCAAAAAUGUCUAAAAACCUGUUUUUGCAUUGUCAUUAUGGGGUACUGUGUGUAGAUUGAUGAGGGGGAAAAAAACUAUUUAAUCAGUUUUAGAAUAAGUCUGUAACGUAACAAAAUGUGGAAAACGUCAAGGGCAUUACUGUAUGAAAUUAUCUGAAACUACAGUUUCAGGGCUUUGCUCCAUGUAAAAUCUCAACGUUGCCCAACAGAACAUUGAAAAUGAGUGUUGAUACAGCCUACCAAGAGUGUCUUAGGUUUACCCAACAGUGAAAAUGGAAUGCAUGGAGUUCAAACUGUAUCGAGAGGAAAUUAUAUUUUUGUUUUGUAUAAUUUUGUUCUGUUCUUAUGAAAGCUCAAAUACUAAAUGUGACACAUUUUAGUCCGCUUACUAACAUCUAACGUCAAAGCCUGAUGAUAGAUUUUUCGAAUUUACAACAACAAAAUAUGACUCAUCGCUGUGUAGGAAUUAGCCUAUUUUCCUAUGCUUGUUUGCAUGGCCUUGGUUUGCAGGUUCACUUCUGAUAGAAAAUGAAUGCUGAUUUGAACAAUAGACCCAAAUAGUAGUUAUUUUCAAAGUUUUCAUGAAGGAAACUAUUGGUGGGGUUUCUAGUUUGGCCAUGACUGUGACCUUGACCUCAGUCCAGCUGUGUGAAGAGGGAACAGUGGGAGAGGUUGAGGAAAUGAAGGCUAAAAUCACCACAGAGGACAGACUAAUGAUGUCAAACUUUUCUCUAUUAUUAUGAAAAAGAGAAAUAGCCAGUUAAUUAGUAUUAUAAGGUAGAUACAGUACAGUCAAACGUUUUGACACACCUACUCAUUCAAGCGUUUUCUUUAUUUUUACAAUUUUUUACAUUGUAGAAUAAUAGUGAAGACAUCAAAACUAUGAAAUAACACAUAUGGAAUCAUGUAGUAACCAAAAAAGUGUUAAACAGAUCAAAAUAUAUAUUUUAUUUGAGAUUCUUCAAAGUAGCCACCCUUUGCCUUGAUGACAGCUUUGCACACUCUUGGCAUUCUCUCAACCAGCUUCAUGAGGUAGUCACAUGGAAUGCAUUUCUUUCCUUCUUAAUGCUUUUGAGCCAAUCAGUUGUUGGGGGAAGCUGGUUGAGAGAAUGCCAAGAGUGUGCAAAGCUGUCAUAAAGACAAAGGGUGGCUAUUUUAAUAUAUUUUGAUUUGUUUAUCACUUUUUUUGGUUACUACAUUAUUCCAUAUGUGUUAUUUCAUAGUUUUGAUGUCUUCACUAUUAUUCUACAAUGUAGAAAAUAGUACAAAAUAAAGAAAAACCCUUGAAUUAGUAGGUGUGUCCAAACUUAAAUCUUUGAUAAUCUGGAACGUAUGUUGUAAAGAUAUGAAUUUGUUCAUUAAUUGGUUAAGCCAUGUAUUCCCCAACUUGCACUCAUGGGCUGGAAAACAGGGUGUUUGGAAAAGUGAGGACAGCUUUACAAUGGAGCUUCCUCAGGAACACACACACACACACACAUUUGUUUUUACCAUAACUUUCCACGUAUAACCUUGCGCUACAGAAAGACCUGAACACCGUGUGCACUGUCAAUGCAGAAUUCAUAGUGUUUAAGGGAAUAGGGUACAAAGUAAUGGAAUAUCAGUACACACGGCAUACUCACCGGAGAGGGAGAAGAGGUAAGGCCAUAGCAUAAUGUCAUCUAAGUAAAGACUAAAUGUUUAUCUGUUGAUUUUUGUCUCUGUGGUCUUUGCAGUAUUCCUCUGGUGGAUGUGUUUGGAUACUGUGACUGUCAUGUUAGUGAAUAAUUAUCCAAGGUGUCAUUGAGGAAUCACCAGUAAACAGAGCCUGAACUAAAGCAGCAGUCAGAGGUUGUAGUAAGAGAGAUUUAAAUAAUAUUCCUGGUAUUAGCCAACUAAUACACAGUUUUAUUUUAAUUAAACACUCAGUCAAGUGGGGAACGCUAAGCUUAAAUAUUUAAAGCAGGAUAAAAGACAAGAGGGAGGAGAAGGUUCUCGAGCUGUAUCACUGUAUUUAGAAACUGUAUUACAUGGAUGGAUUAAGCCCAUUUCUUGCAAGCUCAUCAAUUAGUCAGAAACUUUGAUAUGCAGAAAAGUCUUACAACACUAAGCAUAUUUCCUGACAAGUAUGCCCACAUAGGAGCUUAUGAUGAACUGUAGGUCUGGGUUACAAUCCAGAAUUGCAUAUGCCUAACUAUAGUGUCAGAUUAUAUUAUGCUAUGUGUAGACUUUCUGUAUCAUAUUUUGUUUCUUCAACCAGCUGCACAUCGAAGUUACAUACAGUAUAACACCAUGUGAGCUGAGAUUUGAUACAGCACAACCCCCUAGUGAAUAACAGGUGAAUAACUUGAUACCAACUGACCCAGAGUCUAUUUCAGGUUAAGGAACUACUGUGCACUCAAAUGAUACAACAGAAAACAAAAUAGUCCUGCCUCUGGUUCAGAGAAAUCAACAAAAACAUGUUUCGUAGCCAAGAUGGAAGCACUGGGGAAAUUCUCAACAGCUGUGUACAUCCCUGCCCGCCCAUCCCCACCCCCCUCUGGAGGAGGCUUCACAGCACAUUGCACAUGCCAGAAUGAGUUCCCUCUCUCCCUCGGCUCCUCUUGCCUAAUUCCAGGAAGAUAAAUAGUCCAGCUUGACUACAACUGAGACUCAUACAUGGGUCUCUGACCUGCCUACUAUCUCUGCCUUCUGUCUCUGUUUCCUGAGAGCAUGCCUCAUGAUCUCUUCCUUUAUAACCUGAGUAUAAUAGCAGAGGAAGUAUUUCUGAUUUAAACUCACACAUUUGCUUAAUAUUAUAUCCAACUGGAUGGGUUGGGAUGUACUACAAAGAGUACCUGAAUGUGCUAUAUUCUGGUUACAAGCCCAGCUUUCCUCUGGACUGUAGUAGGACCUUCCUUGACCUCAGUGUGUGUCACACCCUUUGUUGAUGUACACUGAACAAAAAUAUAAACGCAACAUGCAACAACAAGAUUUUACUGAGUUACACUUCAUAUAAGGAAAUCAGUAAAUUGAAAUAAAUAAAUUAGGCCCUAAUCUAUGGAUUUUACAUGACUGGGAAUACAGAUAUUCAUCUGUUGGUCACAGAUACCUUAAGAAAAAAAGGUAGAGGCGUGGAUCAGAAAACCAGUCAGUAUCUGGUGUGACCACCAUUUGCCUCAUGCAGUGCGACACAUCUCCUUCACAUAGAGUUGAUCAGGCUGUUGAUUGUGGCCUGUGGAAUGUUGUCCCACUCCUCUUCAAUGGCUGUGCGAAGUUGCUGGAUAUUGGUGGGAACUAGAACACGCUGUCGUACACGUCGAUCCAGAGCAUCCCAAACAUGCUUAAUGGUUGACAUGUCUGGUGAGUAUGCAGGCCAUGGAAGAACUGGGACAUUUUCAGCUGCCAGGAAUUGUGUACAGAUCCUUGCGACAUGGAGCCGUGCAUUAUCAUGCUGAAACAUUAUGUGAUGGCGGCGGAUGAAUGGCACGACAAUGGGCCUCAGGAUCCUGUCACGGUAUCUCUGUGCAUUCAAAUUGCCAUCGAUAAAAUGUAAUUGUGUUUGUUAGCUUAUGCCUACCCAUACCAUAACCCCACUGCCACCAUGGGGCACUCUGUUCACAACGUUGACAUCAGCAAACCGCUCACCCACACAACGCCAUACACAUGGUCUGCGGUUGUGAGGCCGGUUGGACGUACUGCCAAAUUCUCUAAAACGACAUAAACCACCUUGGCUUAUGGUAGAGAAAUUAACAUUCCAUUUUCUGGCAACAGCUCUGGUGGACAUUCCUACAGUCAGCAUGCCAAUUGUACACUCCCUCAAAACUUGAGAUAUCUGUGGCAUUGUGUUGUGUGACAAAACUGCACAUUUUAGAGUGGCCUUUUUUUAUCCCCAGCACAAGGUGCACCUGUGUAAUGAUCAUGCUUUUUAAUAAGCUUCUUCAUAUGCCACACCUGUCAGGUGGCUGGAUUAUCUUGGCAAAGGAGAAAUGCUCACUAACAGGGAUGUAAACAAAUUUGUGCACACAAUUUCAGAGAAAUAAGCUUUUUGUGCUUAUGGAAAAUUUCGGGGAUCUUUUAUUUCAGCUCAAAAAACACGGGACCAAGACUUUACAUGUUGCGUUUAUAUUUUGUUCAGCCUAUUUGUCCUCCAUGCCGUAAGUGGAAAACGUCUCAUAACAAUCCCCUGGUCUAUUCAAGGUGUGGGGUUGAGGAUAUCCUCUGAGGUGUCCUGCUUGUAUCCACUCUGUUUAAAAGCUUAAAUGGUGAGGGGACUUGCUCCAGUCUUUGGCUGAUUACUGCUUUAGGCCUGCCUGUGUUAGAUUGAAGAGAUAGCAAUCAUCUCCCAGACGAACAACACAUGCAGAUGGGAGUCCAUUUUUCCAGCAAAACCAACUUGGGAUUGCUUCCUCGUGGGAUAGGCAUUGUUCUGAGCAGGAAGGAAAUCUAUGUUGAACAUAACCUAUAAGAUUUCCAGCAUUGAAUUCUUUCCUAUACAGGAUUUGUAAUUAUACUACAACAGAUGUGUUCUUACGACACUGCAGCUUUGUGUCGAUGCCAUUUGUUUCCCGUGACACAACACACACACACCGCCCUUCCAGCCUAAUUCUAAAAGUCAUUUUCUGCUUAACCGAAAAGGCAUACCUUUAGGUCCACUUAAAAUGUCAACAAGAUGUGUCGCAGCAUUCUUUGCCUGAAGUUGUGCAAAAUGAUACUCAACAAUGUGGACAUUAGUCGUUAGUCAAGAUGAAGUAAACACAGCUUGUGUAUGCUCUGAGUAAAGCAUUUAUAGCAUUUUUAAGUAUCUUAAUAAUUUUGUCAAACUGCUCAAGCACACAGCCUUGUAUCGAAAAGAAGGUCAUAAAAUGUUAUCUACCGUACAAAAACCUCUCUAGAUGCUUCAACAAUGCUCAUCCUGAUUCCAAAGCCGAAUGUCUGACGUAGGGUUCUAGUACGGCCAGUGUUCUGUUUUUACUCAAUCACAAGAAGGAUAUUGGCUAUUCAUAAGUAGGCCUAUUGCAUGUACAAUUUGAUAACUCACAAUCAAUGAAUGUGGCAGAAAAUGUGCCAAUAAAUACACAUCACAUCUCAUAAGACUGGUCAUUAAAAAUAUGACUUAUAAUAUUUCAUCUGACUAUUUGUUUCAGGCAUGCUGUUUAUUUCCUAAAAGAAAAUCCAUGUGUUUGUUCUAAUAUGAAGCUCGUAUACCACCCCACAAUCGUGUGAUGAAAGUCCAAGAGAAAGUCCAAGAGAUUAGAUUUUAGAUUUUAGUCAUUUAGCAGACGCUCUUAUCCAGAGCGACUUACAGUUUUUUUUAGUGAGUGCAUACAUUUUUCAUACUGCCUACAUCUCCCCCAACAAGACUACAGACAGUCUGUCUCCAGACUAAAUCAGCACUAUGUGAUAGAUAUAAUGAAUAAAGAGGAUUAGAACUGCUCUCUCAUUUGGUCUGCCUGCUUUGAGGUUCUAAGCCUUCAUAUUCAAGAUACUUAGGUGAUACCACCCUUUUCAAAAGCAAACUCCAUGGUGGCCUUAUCAUUCUUAAGCCAUACAAGGUCAGAUUUUUGCUUUUUUUAUCCACAUUUCUAUGCUGUAUCUAUAGCAUAGUAAAAGUAAGGCACAUGCCUGUUUCAGUUUGUUUAAAUGUGUUGUGUGUUGUUCACCCUCUGGGUUCAUGUUGUAGGUGUUAAUUUAGGUAACAUACAGUGGGGUCCUGAAAUGAUUGACACCCUUAAUAAAGAUGAGCAAUAAUUACUGUAUAAAAUAAAUCAUUAUAUUAUUUUAUACUAAUACAAAUACUCAGAGAAAAAAAUGUUGUUUAACCUCUAUGGGAUCGGUGUCCCGUAUACGGGACGGUUGAGCUAACGUGCGCUAAUGUAAUUAGCAUGACUGUUGUAAGUAACAGCAAACUUUCCAGGACAUAGACAUGUCUUAUAUGGGCAGAAAGCUGAAAUUAUUGUUAAUCUAACUGCACUGUCCAAUUUACAGUGGUUAUUACAGUGAAAAAAUACCAUGCUAUUGUUUGAGGAUAGUGCACAACAACAAAAAACUUAUCACGGCAACUGGUUUGAUACAUUCACCUCUGAAGGUAAGUAAUGUACUUACAUUCAGUAAUAUUGCUCUGAUUUGUCAUCCUAAGGGUCCCAGAGAUAACAUGUAGCAUAGUUGUGUUUAAUAAAAUAAUUUUUUAUAUUCAAAUGUAGGAACUGGGUUCUACAGUUUGAACCCCUGCUGUCUCUGGCUCCACACCCACCCCGCCCGGCCAUCUAGAUUAGUGUAUACACCAAGUUAGUGUAUAAGCUAAUGAUCCACCAUGUAUGACAUUCCUGGGAGUGUGUAAACUUACAAAAAUUAUAUGGUAAUACGAAAUGUAUGUUCUCUAUAGUUAUGUACUUGAAAAUGUAUUAAUUGACCAAUUCGGCACAUUUGGGCAGACUUGAUACAAAAUAGUCCAGUAUUGCAACGCUUCACCGGAUCAAUCUGAAACUGUGCACACACUGCUGCCAUCUAGUGGCCAAAAUCUAAAUUGCGCCUAAACUGCAAUAUUAUAUUGUGGCCUUUCUCUUGCAUUUCAAAGAUGAUGGAACAAAUUAAUAAAUAGAAAACGCAUGUUUUUUUGUUUGUAUUAUCUUUUACCAGAUCUAAUGUGUUAUAUUCGCCUACAUUAAUUUCACAUUUCCACAAACUUCAAAGUGUUUCCUUUCAAAUGGUAUCAAGAAUAUGCAUAUCCUUGCUUCAGGUCCUGAGCUAUAGGUAGUUCGAUUUGGGAAUGUCAUUUUAGGUGAAAAUUGAAAAAAAGGGUCCGAUCCUUAAGAGGUUUUAACAAGUAAUAUUUUUUUUCUCAAAAGGUAGGUGUCAAAAUUAUUGACAAGGAUUACGGAUAAUCCUGAAUGAAUCGUGAAUAAUGAGUGAGAAAGUUAUGGAGGGUCAAAGAUCAUACCUCCAAGACAUGCUAACCUCCCCUGUUUUUGAUAAUGGUGAGAGUUUAGCAUGUCUUGGGGGUAUGAUCUUUGACCCUCUAUAACUUUCUCACUCAUCAUUAUUCACGAUUCAUUCAGGAUUAUCCGUAAACAUGGUAGCAUCCUCAUUAAUGUAGAAGUGUUUAGAAACAUGUUAUAUUCUUAUUUACAAUAAUAGUGACAAAUUAUUUACCAUUCAUUUCUAUUGGGCACAAAAUAAUCUGAAACACAACCAAAACAAACUGCAAAUGCAUUCAAAAAGUUUGUAGAGUCACAAGCUUGAUGUAGUCAUUGCGUGCUAGGAAUAUGAGUGCAGCACAGAUUGUCAUCCAUGGAACUCUUAAAGGCAAAACAACUUUCUGAAGGUUCAUGAAACGGGCAGCUAUGAUUACUCAUCACAUUAAAUACUUUUGUACACAUCAUGCAUGGUCUUGUCUUUGUCAUGAUAAACAGUUAACACCCUCAUGUAAGAGUUGUGGUAAAAAAUAAAAAUAAAAAAUAAAUAAAAGAGUUGUGGUUUUAUUCAUAACAACAUAAUGUGUUUGGUGUGUUUGAAUACCGAUAACGUAAUAUAUCAUUCUCUUUUAUAUCUGUUGUAUUAUUACCUCUUUAUAUCUGUUUUACUAAUAGAGUUAGGAAACAACAACCAGAGACUCUCAUCACCUGAGGAUGUAGAGCGUUUCCACAGGCAGCAGACUGUAGAGAACCAGAACCACCACUCCGAGCCACGUUCCCCCAGCACAGUCCCCAGGAGGUACACCAUCGGAGGGCAAGGGCCUCGCAGCGCCAGAGACCCCCUGACCAUGCAGCACGCUGACGUAGAGAGGAAGAAAGAGGUGUUCCUGGAGCACCUGAAGCAGAGGUAUCCUCAUCAUGCUGCUGUCAUCAUGGGCCAUCAGGACCGCCUCAGAGACCAUGUAAGUGGGAACUCUUUUUUAAUUGGUUGGUUCUGAUUCCCCUGCAUAAUGACAUGAUAUACACUGUAGGCUUGUGUUGUUAUUGUAUUGGUGUGAGUGUAUCAACCACUGUAUAAGGAUUUCAAAGCAUAUGACACAUUUGUCUCACUAUGCCUUGAAUUGAAGAAUUUAAUAAAUGUAGAAUUGAACGAAUUGGAAAUUGAAUUCAAUACAUGGUGUUUCAUCAAUACAUUCAAUACAUUCAUUCAAUACGAUGGUGUGGUGUCAUGUGUGCCUGGCCUGGAGUGUAGCCUAAUGUAAAUUAUGGAAAUAGAGAUGUCAAUAAGAAUAGUCAGUAAACCAGAAUAAAGAAUGGGAAAACGUCAGUAUUAGCCUGCUGUUAAGGCCAGCCUACCUGAAAUAGCAGGGACUCUGUGCGCCGGCGAGGGGAGGUGCCGUGCGCGCGCUGAUGCUAGAAGUGUGGCCAUGUGGUAAAAUAAACUGUGACUGUUCUACAAGUUAGACAGGUAAAUCCAGACCCGCAUUUGGGCUAUGUGGAGAUCGUUUGCAUGGCCACACCUGUCACCUCAAGGAAAGUUAAUUUUUACAAGCGAACGCCGUCUUGAUGCAGUCAUUGCGAAAUUAUCCCGUUUCUUCUGAAUUCAGUAGGACCCAUGCAACGUGCGCUCACCCUCGGAUUGAGGCUUUGAUUUUAAACUACGUUCAAGGUAAAAUAUCGUUGAAAGUAGGCCUACAUUAGACUACUUUAUCUAGGUUGCCUCCAGUUGUGCAAUUACAGUAGGUAGCCUAUAGUGCAGAUGAUUGUACAGUAGUGAUAACGUGUUGGUGGUUUGCAACUUGUUCGAUAUGAGGAUAGCAGAUAUACGCAAUAGCCUGCCCUACACACUUUCCAGUCAGUGUAAUCUAUGUUACCAGUAGAUCAAUUUAUUUCUACGUAUGUUUUUUUUCUUUCAUUUGAAUUUAGUCUGACGCAUACACUCCAACCACAUCAAUGUCUAUUUGCGUUCAUUAAGUAUUUUUCUUAAAGGGAUAGUUCAACCAAAUUACCCUGUGAGCAGUCUAUGGACAAGGUAUGUAUGACAGCAAUCUAUGCUUUGGUUUUAUUUCCCAGUCACUGUUUCAAAUCACACAUCACAUUCAACUAUUGGUAUGAUAUUAGACAUUUUCGCAUGAUUGUGAAGGUCAAAGUCACUUACAGAUGAUUUGAAGAUGAUGCGCAAAACAUGCUAAUAUCAGUACCAUGACUUGGGUAUUUGUGCCACAAAGCCCACAAAGCUAAAACAUUAGCAUUUGGAAAUAGUUCCAGGGAAACUAAACCAACGCAUGUAUUGCUGUCAUACCUUGUCCAUAGACUGCUUACAUGGUAGGGAAACCAAUAUAUCAUUUUGUAAUUUGGGUUAACUAUCCCUUUAAAUGAUAGCCUAGGCCUACAGUUAUGUCUUGAAAAAAAGACUAUUCUAUCUUAAACAUUUUGCCUAUUGGUAUUUAUAGAUUAAUAGGUUUAUAUAUACAUAUGUAUAGAGUUGCUAUUAAAUGUGUACAAUUGUUAUAAAAUGCUUCACUCUUUUAUAAUGGAAUAGUUUCAAUGACUUUAGGAGCAGUGUAACCAUAGCCUACUCUUCUUAUGUGGUGAAGUCACAUUGCUGUGGGAGUAAAAUGCUCACCCAUCCACCUGUUACCCAGUGUGAUCAUUCUAAUGGUCUGCAACAAAAGGGAGGGGUUGAGGAUGAAACAUUUGCCAAUGCUUUCAAAGACCUGGCAUCCCACCAAAGCAGAUGAACCAUGGUCUGGUCUCUGGUCUCUGCUCAUGCAUCUUCCAGUGAUUAGAGAUCAAAGUGGGCCAUUUGAUGCUUGGCCCUGCUUUCAUCCCUAGCGGGCUCACUGUGCUGUGCUCUUCCCUCACUUCACUACGAGGAACACCUUGAACAGUGACUGAGUGCUACCUUAUGGUGGAGAGGUAUACAAUUGUAGCUUUACACAUGGGGUCCAUAUUGGAUAGAUGGAUUCAGUGGUUUUGGGGGCACACCUGGAAGUGGUUUUGUUCUAAUGAACUCUUGACAGUCUGGGUCCAUCUUGGUCUGAGAGGCGUGUAGCUGAACAAGGUGGCACUUUUGUUUUCACACCUCAGAAAUAGCAAGGUCCUUCUAGAGGGGACCUUUUAGAAGAUUUAGCUAACCAGAUCGGUGAGUCCCACUUUAGUGACGCUGGCUUAAACAUUUAGUAGCUACAAUGUACUACAUUUCCUUUGUUGCUUUAUUGUGCCAGCUUCAAACUGGUAUCGCAGUUAUAAGCACUAUCACAAUGUGAACCUGUAAUUACACUGUAGUUUCACUGUACCCGUCUGUAAUUAUUGUGUGUAAUACAUAGUUUUACUCCCACUUACUAAACAAUGGGACAGUUAUUUUAGUUCCAUAGCCAAGUUAAAACCCCAGUGUAGGAGUCUGUAAAGUCUUUGACUUGUAGGUGCCUUAAACUCCAGCACAGGUAGCUUCUCUAGCUAGCCAAAUCUUCCAACGCAUUAUUAACACAAAUAUCUGAAACUCAUAGGGUCAACCUGAAGUGCAUGACAGUUAACGCCCAUAAUGAUCAUGCUCGUCAACUGCAAAUCUUGUGUUCUUUGAGGUAGGAAAUACUGAACAUAUAUUUUCUGAAAGAUUAAGUAAAUCUAUUGGGAAAGAAUAACUGGAUGUAACCAGUAUGUUUUCUAGCCAGUAGCCACAGCUCAAGUUAUUAGAGGCCUUUAAUGGUACCUUUGAAUAACUAAAUCAGAUUUGCUCUCAUGUUUUAGUAUUAUUGGUAAGGCAUUGUCAUUAUGGGAAUGAAAGGAGAGACCAAAACUAUGUUGAUAGAGAAUACACAUCAGCCAAAAUUGCCAUAUUAUUAUUCCAUGUUCAUUGUUCUUGGAUAUCUUUAUUGGAUAUAUUUAUGAGUUUAGUGUAAAAAAACAAACAUGUUCAAACAAAGUGUAUGUUGACAUAGAAAUAGACUAGGUCUGUUGUAAUGAGAUGCAGAGUUGAACAGAAUCUGAGUUAAAACUGAAACAAAGCAUGUGUACAACUACUACUAGCUAUACUGUAUUUAUGGACUUCAUUUAUUCAACUUAUUUCCUGUGCAUCAAAUAACGUAAUGAUAAUUAUGUGAGUCAAAGUGAAGGGGAGAGGGCACUCUGAUCCAGAGCGCUGCCUGAGGUGGUUAUUCACAAGAGUGUGUCAGCAUAGCCCAGUCAGUGCCAAGCUUAAAAUGUAAAUGCAGUGAGUGACUCAGUGUGCGUGUUUGUGUGUGUGUGUGUCAGGUUGCAGAUGUCCCCAGAAGUAACCCUUACAGAGGCAGGAUGCAUCAGGGACACAUUCACAUCAAAUUCUGUAUUUUUGCCAAACACACAGACCAAGUCCAUUAAAUCUGCUUUUUUGCAAGUAUGACAGUUAAUUUGUAGUUGACUUAAAGACAUGUUGACAGUUGUUCUUUUACGAAAGUGAGCAAGGUGCCCUUAAGCAGACUGGUCCUACUUAAGCGUAAUUCUGUGUGCAUGCAUGCAUGUUUGACAGUAAUUUAGUGGAAGUAGAUGUUACUUAAGGUUGAAUACACCACAUCCCUGACUACAGAACUUUUGUGAUUGUGUGUUGGUGACUGUUUCUCCAUCUUCCAUCUCUCCUUCUGCUUCUACAGGCCAGGAGCCCCCAGCACUCUGCCAGCCCCCCGCCCGGUAUAGGGGAGCAGCUGGAGCACCUCUCGGUGGCCUCUCUGGAGUCUCUGGAGACCAUGUCAGAGGGAGACGGCCUAGCCGCCUUCACCCGGGGCUGCCAGGCACGGGCCAGCCUGCCGGUGGUCCGCUCUGCCAACCAGACCAGGGUCAGAUCAUUAGGUAGGUACUAUGGAGCUCUCAGGGCUCCGAGCUCUUUCUUUCGCAUGCUCUCUGUCACAUACAUACUCUCUCCUUGUACUCUGACACGUUAUCUCUCUCACUCAAUCUUUUACACGCUCUCUCCUUGAGGUCUCACACGGUUUCUAUCUCCCCAUCUCUGUCUCUUCUGUCUCUUUCCCUCUCUCUUUCUCUCUUGCUCUCUCCCUCUCUCUCUCUCUCUCUCUCUACUGUUGAUGUUACAAAGUGUUUCCUCACCCUCCCUCUUCAGGUGUGCUCUACCUGCAGUACGCAGAGGAAACCAAGCAGAUCCGGAUGCCCAAUGAGAUUACCAGCAGAGACACAAUCAGGGCUCUGUUUGUUAGUGCUUUCCCCCAGCAGCUCACCAUGAAGAUGCUGGAGUCUCCCAGUGUAGCUGUGUACAUCAAGGAUGAAACCAGGAACAUGUACUAUGAGCUAACUGAUGUCAGGUGUGUUCAUCUAUCUACUGUACAUUAGUGACUCUACCUUCUGUUGUGAUUUAUUUAUUCAGGUGUCUUUUCCCCUCCAAUGAGCAUGUUAUGUUGCAAGUCCCGUACUGUUUUUGAAUGGGCUUCAAGCUUAUAUCAUAAAAUUCAUGAAAACGUAUAUUCGUAUUUGUGGAUUAAUUUACUUCUACCUGAUGCUUUUCAUAAAGGUUUUUGAUUGCGAUUUUGUCAUAAUCGAAACCUUAAUGAAAAGCAUCAGGUAGAAGUAAAUGAAUCCACAAAUAUGAAUAUCAUUUUACAUAUAUCUUAAAUGACCACGUUUUCAUGAAUUUGAUGAUAUAAGCUUAAAGCCUUUUCAAAAACUGUACAGGACUUGCAACAGGAAGUAGGCGUGACUUUCAUAGAGUAUAGUUUAACACUUGAAAGACACAAAUUGGCACACUUUUACUAAACAAAGGUGGUUGGUACAGUAUGAUACUACCUAAUGCUACGGUAAGUUGGGGGGUUGGGCAAAAAAGGGAUUGUCAGGCUUUGUGUGCUGUAUAGUAAUACAAGUAGCUAUAACACUGUUGUUAAAGCAUCCGUCUUUUAGUAUAGAUCUUCAAAUUACAGGGGAAGCCUUGCAAGUCAUUUUGACUCUACUUUGGCAUUUCAGCGUCCAAAGCGUGACAUGAAUACUCCUCCACCUCCUGCUCUUUCAGUUUAGGCAGGGAGGCAUUAAAUGGGGUAUUGUUGAGGCAACAAGAGAGGAGGCCCAUGUCUGAGCGUAUGCUGCUGAUGACAGGGUGUCUGCCUUUACCACACCCUAAUCUGCACAGACACUCAUCUUCAGCAGUGGUUCCAUGGAUUUGAUCUAUUCCAGAGCUAGCACACCUGAUUCAACUUGUUAAGUAAUCAUCAAGCCCUUGACUAGGUCAAUCAGGUGAGCUAGUUCAGGGCUACAACAAUAUUGUGAAACGUCUGGGGGUCCCAGAGGAGAGGUUUGAGAACCACUGCUCUACAGUAGACUGAGGAAUAUAGUACCGUGAGGGCUUGCAAUUAUACAGUGGAGUGGAGUUCACUGUUAGGCUGUUCGAUGUCAACAACCUGUGCUUACAAAAUGGUGUGUGUUUACAAAAUGGAAUAGGGGUUCACACAACCAGUGUAAAUUUGGACGUUUUUCUUUUUUCCAGAAAUAUUACACCUCGAUGCUGUCUGAAGGUGUACCACAAAGACCCUGCACAUGCCUUCAAUCGCAGCAACGCAAGGCCUAACAAUGCUGAAGGCAGGGUGAGUGAAGCCCACAUGGCAACACGGCCAAGCACACAAACUCCCCUAAGUCCCCUAAAUCCAGCUGUCUAGUGCGCUACCUUUGACAUCAAGGAAGCUUCCGGUCUUAAAUCCCUAACCAGGGGCCCUUAGCUCAUCAUUGUCUGUGUCUCAUCACUGAGACACAGACAGGGAUUAAAGCAGCCUUGUGUAUUCUCGAUUGUAAUAGAAGCAGGAUCAGAUGCAGGGUUUUUCUUCUCUGUGUUUGGGUAUAACCUGCCAAGCAGUUAUGAUGCCCCCUGCGUUGGUUUCCUGCUGAUGUUGAGAUUCCUAGUCAGAGGAGCCAAUCUCUCGUGAGCCUCUAGAAUCAACUGGGCAGUGGGCAGACGAGUAUGAUUCAAUUGGAUCCUUUUUAGGAAAUGUCAGUAAUUUAACUCUUAGCUUUUCAUUUUACUCUAAGGCAGAGUUUCCCAAACUAGGGGUCGUGACCCCCUGUAGGGUCGCCUGAUUUGAAAAUCGCAGUUGCUAGAUGCGGUUGAAACAGCGGUUUCUGUUUUCUUCCAACAAAUGUGGCUCUAUCAUUUUAACGGUUUAAGCUACAAAAUAUUAUGACACCAUCAUUGAAAGAUAGGACUCUCAGGAACACGUAUGUGUCUGUUCUGUUUCCCUCUACAAUGCCCACAAGCCACGCAGGACUCAUUAGAACACAGUGGACAAGACCAGGCUACCACACACAGAGCUAUCGUAGACAACCCUGAUGCUACGGCCGAAGACAUUAAUAAGUACAAGAAGGCCCACUAUGACCACCGCAUAGUCAUCAAACGAGCGAAAGUACAAUAUAUGAAUAAGGUGGAAUGAUAUUACACAGGCUCCGACGCCUGCCGCAUGUGGCAGGGGCUACAGUCCAUUAUGGAUUACAAAGGAAGACCCAACUGUGAUCUUCCCAACGAUGCCUCUCUACUAGACAAACUCAAUGUAUUUUAUGCACGGUUUGACGACAACAACAUCGAGCCGGGUGUAAGGGCCAUCACCGACUCAGAGGACUGGGUGAUUUCGCUCUCCGAGGCCGACGUGAGAAGGGUCUUUAAACAGGUCAACACCCGCAAGGCCGCGGGCCCCGACGGUAUUCCAGGGCGCGUUCUCAGAGCAUGCGCAGAACAGCUAGCAGGCAUAUUCACAGUCAUUUUCAACCUCUUCUUGUCCCAGUCUGUAAUCCCCACAUGUUUUAAGAUGACCACAAUCAUUCUUGUUCCUAUGAACUCUAAGGCCUCAUGCCACAAUGAUUACUGCCCUGUAGCACUCACUUCUGUAAUCAUGAAGUGUUUUGAGAGGCUGGUUAUGGCACACAUUAACUCCACCAUCCCAGACACCCUAGACCCACUCCAAUAGGCAUACCGCCCCAACAGAUCCAUAGACGACGCAAUUUCAGUUGCUCUCCACACUGCCCUCACCCACCUAGAUAAGAGGAAUACCUAUGUGAGAAUGCUGUUCAUUGACUACAGCUCAGCGUUCAACACCAUUGUCCCCUCCAAGCUCGUCACCAAGCUUAGGACUCUGAACACCUCCCUCUGCAACUGGAUCCUGGACUUCCUGAUGGGCCGACCCCAGGUCCCAGGUGGUUAGGGUAGGCAACAUCACUUCCACCACGCUGACCCUUAACACAGGGGUCCCCACAAAGGGGUGUACUUAGUUCCCUCCUGUACUCCCUGUUCACCCACGACUGUGUGGCCACACAUGACUCCAACACCAUUAUCAAGUUCGCUGACGACACGACGGUGGUAGGCCUGAUCACCGGCGACGAUGAGUCAGCCUACAGGGAGGAGGUUAGUGACCUGGCAGUGUGGUGCCGGAGCAACAACCUCUCCCUCAACGUCAGCAAGACCAAGGAGCUGAUCAUGGACUACAGGAAAGGGUGGGGCGAGCACGCCCCCAUCCACAUCGACAGGGCGGCAGUGGAGCAUGUAGACAGCUUCAAGUUCCUCAGUGUCCAAAUCACUAAAGACUUAAAAUGGUCCAAACACACACGCACAGUCGUGAAUGGGCCCUCAAAUCCUGAAAAGGUUCUACAGCUGUACCAUUGAGAGCAUAUUGACUGCCUGCAUCACUGCUUGGUAUGGCAAUAGCACUGCCCUCGAUCGCAUGGCACUAUAGAGGGUUGUGCGGACAGCCCAGUACAUCACUGGGGCCGAGCUCCCUGCCAUCCAGGACCUCUAUAUCAGGCGGUGUAAAAGAAGGCCCGGAAAAUCGUCAAAGACCCUAACCACCCAAGCCAUUGACUAUUUUCUCUGCUGCCGCACGGCAAGAGUAUGUUUUCAGGAACUCUUCUGUCAUUCAGUCAGUAUACCAUGACCCUGAUAAUAUGAACAACUCUCAUCUUAUUGACUCAAGACAUUUCAGCUUUUCAUUUUUAAUCAGUUUGUAAAUAUUUCUAAAAACAUAAUUCCACUUUGACAUUAUGGUCAUUGUGUGUAGGCCAGUGACACAAAAUCUCAAUUUAAUCAAUUUUAAAUUUAAGCUGUAACACAACAAAAUGUGGAAAACGUCAAGGGGUGUGAAUACUUUCUGAAGGCUCUACCCUACCAAGCAAAAGUGUAGUAACUGCUCAUAGAGUGAAACUGAGAAAAAUUACUUCAAAGUGAUGUUAUUGUCCAGCCAAAUGAAUUGUAGGCAGAUCAUUGGAGAUGUGGUUGUCUGUUGUCUUACUAUUCAUAUUGACCCUGACCUCUGACAUGACCUGUGACCCUAGACUGCAGUUACUGCCUUCUUGCUUGGUACACCCACAGGAAUACGCUUCCAUGACAAUUUCAUAUAUUUAUUUGUAUGUGGCUGUCAGUGUCAUAUAGUUUGAUACUUGUAUCAGAAAGCAGAAUCAAUAAUACCAAGGUAAACCACAGAAGCUGCAGCCCAAAGCUCAGUGAAACCAAGGUAAAAGGCCUGCGGCACUCCAGGAACAGGGUUGCCUACUCCUGCCAUAGUGGCAUGGUCCAUUUAAUAUGUAGCUGUGUUUGGAUAUAUCUGGCAAAGGGUGCAAUGUGUUGUUCAUAUCCUGCCGCCUUACACACUGGCAUGUUUGCAUCAUAUUUCUCAGCAGUUGUCAGGGACUGGGCACUGAAAAAGGGUCUGUAGAGGCUUGAGAAGCAUCUCACAGUUCCAGGGAUUGGGAGUAGGGUUGCAAAAUUACAAGAACUUUCCAUACAUUCCCUGGUUUUCCCUCCUGAUUCCGGGAAUCCUCCAACUGGGAUUUCGGGAAAACAAGGCACUUUGUUGAAUGUUCCAGGAAUUUUGCAACCCUAAUUGGGAGGCAUGUAAUCCUGCUGGGAAAGAGCUCAAAUUCCUUGGUGGGUGUUGUUCUCAGCACGUUGUGUUGUGGUCUGAGGAUAAGUAGUGACUAGGGAUCAGAGGCCCUGUUGCUCGGGAAACUAGAGCGUUCUGUUAGAUUGACGGAUGGACGUACUGUGUACAACCUUGUGUUGCGACACCGAAGGAAGUGCCGGACCAUCCUGGACAUUCUUUAUUCUCAGAUCCACUUGAUUUAACUCACACCUUAGACACCUUGAUUUAACUCACACCUCACAAGAUCAGACUAUUAAAAAAUAAAUAAAUUGUCACAUACACCAGAUAGGUGCAGUGAAAUGUGUUGUUUUACAGGGUCAGCCAUAGUAGUAAGUCGCCCCAGGAUUAAGUGCCUUGCUCGGGUGUUCGAAUCAGCAACCUUUCGGUUACUGGGCCAACACUCUAACCGCUAGGCUACCUGCCGCCCAUAAAUGCAUGUGAUGUCAGUGGUAGUGCAGAUCUUCCUCUUCACCGAGAGAAAAAACGGUGCUAUCUAGAACCUAAAAGGGUUAUUCGGUUUUCCCAAUAGGAGAACCCUUUGAAUAACCCUUUUUGGCUCCAAGUAAAAGGGUUCUACCUGAAACCCAAAAGGGUUAUCCUAUGUGGACAACCGCAUAACUCUUUGGGAACCCUUUUUUCUAAGAGUGUAGGCACAGAGACCUUUAGGCCCGUGGAUGAAAGAUGAUAACACAUGUCGACAUGAAAAUGUGUCUUUGUUUAAGUUUAUUACUGUACCCACUGGUGGUCAGCCCAGCAUGUUUUUCCAUAGAUGGAAUAGCCCCAUGUGUUUCUGACCAGAUAAGAUUGAUAAUGCCAUACUCUCAAAAUAUUUCCUGUUUGAGGCACUCCUGUUGUUUUUGCACAGGUUGAGAUAAGGUGAAUGGGGGAAAACAAGAUAAGAACAUGUUCAUUGUAGCAGGCCUAUGUUAAAUGUCUGUCUGCUUUGUUGUGGAAAUAUUUAGGUAUCAAUGUUAUGCACAAAAGGUCAUGAAGAGAAUUUUGCUAGAAUUAUGCACAAACUGAGUUUAAAAUACUACAACAAGCAUAGCAGAUGACUUGUUGUGUAUGAAUGAGCUGCUCUCUUAUUUGCAUAAAAAAAAUACAACCGGUUUUCACUUUAUUCACAGUCAUUGUGAAUUAGGUCACCUGUUUGACUCUAGGUUUAUUCUAGAAUAUUCAAAAUGCAGUUUUAUCUGUUAUGACAAGCCACCUUAUGAAAAGUGAAUAGAUAAUCCCUAUGAAAAAGCAGAAAGCAAAGUUAGCCAACACCCCUCUUGUAUCAUGCAACGGUUCUAUAACUUUCUGAUCACUGUUCAAAUCUGCUGAACUGCUGAAGGUAAAGCAUGUACCUGCAGCACAAGGACUAGGAAGAGUGUGAGUACCAUCAAAAGUAUGUUCUUGAGACUAUAGUCAACUAUUACUGGCUAUUGUAAUUUUGCUUAGAUUAGCUCCAGUUCAGUGAUCUGCAUGUUUUACACAUCAAAUGACAAUGCUUGAUUAAUGGACUUUUUCACGGAAUCGUGUCAAGAUUCCAUUUUACCUGACAUUAUGAUCUAAACAAGUUGUCUUUUGAUUGUUGUCGUGAAAAGGCUCUGAAAUGAAUACAGAGAAAGAUGCAGAUUAGGGAGAAUUAUGUGUCAAUGGUAAUGUUGGGAGUUACUCAUACAGUGUAUUGAACUAGUCCUGCACGCACAGCAUACACAACAAACGCUCUGUGUCUUCACUCUGCACAGUGAGGCAUGACUGUGCAACAAAGACAUGUCUAAACAGAUAGUGUUGUUUACCUAUGGUACAAUUCCACCUUUGUGGAUGUGGUUUUCCUCUCUUUUUCUCUCACACUCUGUGUAUAGCCUUUGUCAAAACAGAUGCACAUUCUGUCUAUGAUUUGUCAUUUUGAAAGCAACAUUUGAUUUAUUGAUUUAUUGUUGGGGGGACAGACAUACCGUUAACCUAAUGUCUGAGAGUCUCUCUGCAUAGCACAUCAAGUUUUGUGUCUUUUCUAGUCUCUUUCCAUUGACUUUGACUAUCUUUUCUCUGAUUUUCCUCCUGUCUCCAGAUACCAAGGGAGAUACUGUAUGGAAGUCAUAGCCCUGUGCACACUUUACAAUCCACCUGCAGUCCUGUCCACACCAUACAGGGGUCCAUGUCUCCCCCCACGGUCCGCUCCAUGCCCUCCUCCCCCUCCAGGAUCCCCUACGUCCCCCAAACUCGGGGAGGGGUGCCAGGCAGUGCCACCCUCCCCAGGGCCGGCAUGUCCAGUGGGCCCCCCAGCAGGUCCGUCACCCCCUGCCCCAGUGCCAUCCAGGAGAGAAGAGACGUCAAACCUGACGAGGACCUAAGCAGUAAAAGUAUAGCGCUGGUGCGUGCCGACGGGUUGUAUGUCAACGUCACUGACCGUUACGCUGUCCAGGAGGGCCGGCUGAGUAUCGCCUCCUCCAAGGGGGGCGGCCACACGGGGAACAUGGUCGACAUGGGUGGUGGUAGCCUCCACUGGGCCUCGGUCAAGUCCACAACCUCCUAUACAGAGAACCCGGAGCAGCAGCACUCCCUCUACAGGCAGAAGUCCCGGAGGUACGGGGAAAGCCAGGGACUACCGCCGCUUGACACCAAAACCCCGCCCCCUUCCCCUCACAGAUUGAACGACAACCACGGUCCUGUGGCCACGGAGAGGGACUCUCCAAUUCGCCGGUCUCUGCGGAAGGAGAGUAAUGGUAAUACAGUGGAGGUGGUGAACAGGACCAGGGGUAGUGUGUCCUCUGUGUCCUCCUCUCCUGUGUUCGUGGAGCUCCCCCCAGGGCUCUAUGGGGACAGGCUGUUUCAGGGUCACCUCACCCCCAAUAACCCCCAGACCAGGUGAGACUCACAGACAUAUAAUUAAUAAUUCUAUAACUAUGUUGAGACUCACAUAACAGAGGGCUCAUUAUAUUUGUUUAGUCAGGAUAGUCCACUCAGUAACGAUUGCCUCUGUUUUCCAGAUAGACCUAGGUGACUAACUACCACUUGAACUUUGGGUUUUUGAUAAAGCACAUUAGAAAUACAAUGCAUUGUUAUUAUUAUUAUGUAUUAUAGGUAACUGCCAAAAUAAUGUAAAUGAGGGAUACAAAGUAUAUUGAAAGCAGGUGCUUCCACACAGGUUUGGUUCCUGAGUUAAUUAAGCUAUUAACAUCAAAUCAUGCUUAGGGUCAUGUAUGGAAAAUCCUGGGCAGGCCAUUAUUUUGGCUAUCAUGGCAACACCCCCAUCCACAGCACACUAGUUGUCACUGAAUGGUUUGAUGAGCAUAAAAACAAUGUAAACCAUAUGUCAUGGCCGUCUCAGUCACCAGAUCUCAACCCAAUUGAACACUUAUGGGGGAUUCUGGAGCGGUGCCUGAGACAGCGUUUUCCAUCAACAACAUUUCUUGUGAAUUUCUUGUGAAAGAAUGGUGUCGCGUCCCUCCAAUAGAGUUCCAGCCACUUGUAGAAUAUAUGUGAAGGUUUAUUGAAGCUGUUCUGGCUCGUGGUGGCCCAACGCCCUAUUAAGACACUUAAUGUUGGUGUUUACUUUAUUUUGGCAGUUACCUGUACAUAGCACAGUAUUGUUUUGGGCCAAACAUGUAUUGUGUUUUGCAGUGAGCGAAUGAAGGCCAUGGAACAACAGAUUGCCAGUCUGGCUGGCCUUGUUCAGCAUGCACUUGCUAUUGGGCCAGCUGAGAAAGAUAGGAGGAAUGCUUCUCCUUUCCAUGUCAACAACAGUACAGGUGCUGUUAUUACACAACUAUUAGUGUUACAAAGUCAAAUUAGGAUUAGUUUUUUGUGGAUGAUGAAAGUUAUUUUGAAUCUGCCCUAUUUUAAUCUCUCAUUACAGUAACUCAUAGAGUUGUGUCUCACUGAUCUGAUGUGUAGGAGUGUCACCAGUUCCUGCAGCCAGCCUCCUUGCAGACAGCUCCAAUGCUCUAGUCUCUCAGGCCCCUCCCCCUGACCCCACCCUGCAGGUCACACUGACCACGGUCAGGAGGAACGUCACUGACCUCCGACAGCAGCUUCACCAACUCAAACAGCUACAGGUACUCAAGCCACCCGCACAUUACAUUCAUCCAUUAUCAGAAUUGUUUAAAGAUGCACUAUGCAGAAAUCGCUCUGCCCUUUCCUGGUUGCAAAAAUUCGAAUAGUUCGCCUAAUUUUAGUUUAUGUGACAAAACAAGCAAGUAUAGUGUAGAGAAUCAUUGUACCAUUUAAACUGCUGUGAAAUAUAUGUUCCAUAACCACAAAUAUUGUAUUUUCAGCUGUUUGAAGCUGGUGUACAAAACCGAAAGUCAAAGACGCAAAAACGAAACUUAAGAACGGGAAGAAUAGAAAUAACGCACAUAGAACAGAUCUACCGCUUCUUAGACUUGCUUUCAAUGAGAAUGACAGAUCUAUAUACAUUUAUAACACACAUUUCUAUGUGAAUUUGGUUGGGUUGCUCAAAACAUUUCCUAUUGCAGCUUUAAGUGAUACAUCUUGUCAUCCAAGCACCAUAAGUGAAAACACAAACGUAAAAGACAGAUGUGCAAUAUUCACAAUAGUGGUAUCUGAGAGAAUCUGCAUCUGUCUAGAUCCAAUAUAUACAGUAUACCUUGACAUGGUGUGUGUUCAUAUUAUGUACUCCAUUAUAUUCCUCCAUCACAUAUAGUGCAUCUCAUUAAUCGGUGUGUGUUGUAAUGCCACUGAAACCAAUGUGUAUGGUCAUUAUCAGAUGCAGAACCAGGACAGUGUGAGGGGGAUGCUGAAGAGAGCAGAGGAGGAGCUAGCUGAGGUGAUGUCUGAGACCCUACAGAGACAACAGCAGGAGACAGAGCCUGGCCAGAGACAGAGGACCACGGUGGAUGAGGAGAGACACAAGUACCAGGCCAUGGAGGAGAGAGUGCUGGCUCAGCUCAGGUAAGGAUUUAGAACUAUUGUAGAGCCCCACACACUGACUGACAGGAUAUGUCAUUUAUUGAAGGCAUUGACUUUGUUGAGCCCAUCUUACUUUUGCACGGCUAUUGGUACUAACAAGAGUACAGAUUAUAUCCUAUGGCAACAAAAAUAGAAAUAAUCUACUUCCUACAAUAAACAGUGAUCAGACGAUAGUAAUACGUAAUUGCUCCAGAUGCCCUAUUCUGUUUUUUUAUUUGGCUAAACUGCAGAUACUGAAGCUAACUUUGUGAGCGUGAUCUUAUGUUGCAAUAUGAAGUAAUUAGUUGCAGCUAAAGUGGGAUUAGUUCAUCUACUCUGAAUUUGUAAUCAGAACAGAUUCCAGUGAACCAGAGCACAGUCUAUCUACCGGCAUGUGGUACAUACAGUAACUCAGCUAUGGAAUGAGUCAUUGGUGUUCUGCCAAACAUUGCUAAUAAUGUUGCACAAUGUUUAAAUGAAUGCUAAUGAGGCUGUUUAGUGUGUGAUCCGGUGGGACUGUGGUACCGACGUUGAUAGGAGAGAUUAGUAAUGGAGUCAAAGCCAAUGUCUUACUUUAACUUUACUAAUGUCAGAUCAUUGGGCCAAAUUCAUCUUGGAGAAUGGGGGGGAUACUGUAUGUGUUGAACAACUGUGUUAUCGUAUACUGUAUGUAGCUGUUAUGUAAUCUUGAGAGCACCGUUUAGGUGGGAAAACAGAUAUUGGGAAACAGCUAUUUCUCACACUCUCACGCUUAACAUACACUAUAUAUACAAAUUAUGUGGUCACCCCUUCAAAUGAGUGGAUUCGGCUAUUUCAGCCACAACGGUUGCUGACAGGUAUAGAAUCGAGCACACAGCCAUGCAAUCUCCAUAGACAAACACUGGCAGUAGAAUGGCCUUACUGAAGAGCUCAGUGACUUUCAACUUGGCACCGUCAUAGGGUGCCACCUUUCCAACAAGUCAGUUCGUCAAAUUUCUGCCCUGCUAGAGCUGCCCCGGUCAACUGUAAGUGCAGUUAUUGUGAAGUGGAAAUGUCUAGAAGCAACAACGGCUCAGCCGCGAAGUCGUAGGUCACACAAGCUCACUGAACAGGACCGCCGAGUGCUGAAUCGUCUGUCCUCGGUUGCAAUACUCACUCCUGAGUUCCAAACUGCCUCUGGAAGCAACGUCAGCACAAUAACUGUUUGUCGGGAGCUUAAUAACAUGGGUUUCCAUGGCCGAGGAGCCGCACACAAGCCUAAGAUCACCAUGCGCAAUACCAAGCAUUAGCUGGAGUGGUGUAAAGCACGCCGCCAUUGGACUCUGGAGCAGUGGAAACGUGUUCUCUGGAGUGAUGAAUCACGCUUCACCAUCUGGCAGUCUGACGGACUAAUCUGGGUUUGGCGGAUGCCAGGUGAACGCUACAUGCCCCAAUGCAUAGUGCCAACUGUAAAGUUUGGUGGAGGAGGAAUAAUGGUCUGGGGCUGUUUUUCAUGGUUCCAGUGAAUGUUCCAGUGAAUGGAAAUCUUAAUGCUACAGUAUACAAUGACAAUCUAGACGAUUCUGUGCUUCCAACUUUGUGGCAACAGUUUGGGGAAGGCCCUUUCCUGUUUCAGCAUGACAAUGCCCCCGUGCACAAAGUGAGGUCCAUACAGAAAUGGUUUGUCAAGAUCGGUGUGGAAGAACUUGACUGGCCUGCACAGAGCCUUGACCUCAACCCCCUCGAACACCUUUGAGAUUAAUUGGAACGCCGACAGCGAGCCAGGCCUAAUAGCCCAGCAUCAAUGCCCGACCUCACUAAUGCUCUUGUGGCUGAAUGGAAGCAAGUCCCCCCAGCAAGGUUCCAACAUCUAGUGGAAAUCCUUCCCAGAAGAGUGGAGUCUGUUAUAGCAGCAAAGGGGGGACCAACUCCAUAUUAAUGCCCAUUAUUUCGGAAUGAGAUGUUCAACAAGCAGGUGUCCAUAUACUUUUGGUAAUGUAGUGUAGACGGAUGGGUUAUUUAGCAACAAAACCAAUGUGUGCGCAAUCCUGGGGCAAAACAGACUGGGUUGGCUUAGAAUCAAAGGAUUGUUAUCAACAUGUAAACUAUAUUUCCUCUCCAAAUUGAUUGAAAACAGAAAUACAUUUUCACAUUGAGGACAUCUCUCAAAUGCAUCAUUACAGUUGUCGGUUAGCUAGCUAGCAAAUGUUUUGCCAUAUUGGCAUAGACGUGACAUGAGUCAAAACUCCUCAAAACAAGACAUGGUAUCAAUAUCAAGAUACAACAAGCUGAAACGAGCCACCUGCGAUUCCCCACAUGGCAGCUUCUUGUCAUUGUUGCUAGCUAUCUGUCCAUCCAGAAUCAUAACAACGCAUGGCCUUCUGCGAUGCACAUGCAUCGUUUUCAUGACUUUGUCAGGCAACCCGAAUAUAGAUUUUAUGGAUAGUGAGUGAGUCCUUUCUAGGUCCAGACAUGCAUGUACUUUCUUUGUGACUUUGGAUUAAACAUAGUCACUUCAAAGAAUCCAACCAUUAUGGUCCCUUUAUAUUCGUCUUAACCAUUUAAUCAGGAAAUUAAUUGACUAAAAUACUUUUAGAUUGGUCAUUGUUCUGCAUCUGGCCAUCAAACACCUGUUUUGAGUGUUCUUUUCUGUGGAGUACUUUGAUUGCAGAAGCUGACACAGAGACUGCUCCUGUCAGACUGUUGUCAACCAACAGCUUCUGACUGAGCAUGUCAAACAGCUUUCUACUCUGUCAGCAACAGUGCGUUUUUAAGUUUGAAAUCCCCUCCUGACAUAAAACAUCAGUGCUGGCUUAGAACUAGAUAGAAGGUUAAUGGGAAGCUUAGGUUUUGAAACAUUAUCUUGUCUAUAACUACGGAAGCCCUGAAGCCCAAGGCAAACAAAAUCAAUAAAACGUAGACUCUUGGAAUUAUUUCGUUUGAACGACUUAGUAUCUCGUUAUAUAUAUUUUUUUACUACGUCGUUCAGAUGAGAUACUAAGUCGUUUAAAAGAGAUAUUAAGUCGUUUGAACAACUUAAUUGUUAUUUUGUCUAAUUAGGCCACAUUUUUGUUAUGCAGCUUGUCAGACCGUGUAACGGUUGCUGCAGCCAUUCAUUCACAGAUUCCAUCCAUUUAUAUGAUUAUUUAUUGACAGUUCUUUGAUAGCCUAAAGCAGGGCUGCUUUUAAUGCCAGAGUAUAUAAGUGGGCGAGUGUGAACGAAGGAGGAGAGUGUAAUUCGAGCAGAUUUAAAAAAUGUUGUCGGCCUUCUCUCCCGCUCCAAUUUCGCUCUGGUACUGCUCAACCACAAGCUCUGGGCAUGCUCUGCCUAGCAUUUUUAAUUUCCUUUAUCACUAUUCUUUUAAUUAGGCCUAUCCGGUUGUAAUUAUUUAGCUUACCCCACCCAAAGUAACAUAUACAGUGGGGAAAAAAAGUAUUUAGUCAGCCACCAAUUGUGCAAGUUCUCCCACUUAAAAAGAUGAGAGAGGCCUGUAAUUUUCAUCAUAGGUACACGUCAACUAUGACAGAAAAAAUGAGAAAAAAAAUACAGAAAAUCACAUUUAGGAUUUUUAAUUAAUUUAUUUGCAAAUUAUGGUGGAAAAUAAGUAUUUGGUCAAUAACAAAAGUUUCUCAACACUUUGUUAUAUACCCUUUGUUGGCAAUGACACAGGUCAAACGUUUUCUGUAAGUCUUCACAAGGUUUUCACACACUGUUGCUUAUAUUUUGGCCCAUUCCUCCAUGCAGAUCUCCUCUAGAGCAGUGAUGUUUUGGGGCUGUCGCUGGGCAACACGGACUUUCAACUCCCUCCAAAGAUUUUCUAUGGGGUUGAGAUCUGGAGACUGGCUAGGCCACUCCAGGACCUUGAAAUGCUUCUUACGAAGCCACUCCUUCGUUGCCCGGGCGGUGUGUUUGGGAUCAUUGUCAUGCUGAAAGACCCAGCCACGUUUCAUCUUCAAUGCCCUUGCUGAUGGAAGGAGGUUUUCACUUAAAAUCUCACGAUACAUGGCCCCAUUCAUUCUUUCCUUUACACGGAUCAGUCGUCCUGGUCCCUUUGCAGAAAAACAGCCCCAAAGAAUGAUGUUUCCACCCCCAUGCUUCACAGUAGGUAUGGUGUUCUUUGGAUGCAACUCAGCAUUCUUUGUCCUCCAAACACGACGAGUUGAGUUUUUACCAAAAAGUUAUAUUUUGGUUUCAUCUGACCAUAUGACAUUCUCCCAAUCCUCUUCUGGAUCAUCCAAAUGCACUCUAGCAAACUUCAGACGGGCCUGGACAUGUACUGGCUUAAGCAGGGGGACACGUCUGGCACUGCAGGAUUUGAGUCCCUGGCGGCGUAGUGUGUUACUGAUGGUAGGCUUUGUUACUUUGGUCCCAGCUCUCUGCAGGUCAUUCACUAGGUCCCCCCGUGUGGUUCUGGGAUUUUUGCUCACCGUUCUUGUGAUCAUUUUGACCCCACGGGGUGAGAUCUUGCGUGGAGCCCCAGAUCGAGGGAGAUUAUCAGUGGUCUUGUAUGUCUUCCAUUUCCUAAUAAUUGCUCCCACAGUUGAUUUCUUCAAACCAAGCUGCUUACCUAUUGCAGAUUCAGUCUUCCCAGCCUGGUGCAGGUCUACAAUUGUGUUUCUGGUGUCCUUUGACAGCUCUUUGGUCUUGGCCAUAGUGGAGUUUGGAGUGUGACUGUUUGAGGUUGUGGACAGGUGUCUUUUAUACUGAUAACAAGUUCAAACAGGUGCCAUUAAUACAGGUAACGAGUGGAGGACAGAGGAGGCUCUUAAAGAAGAAGUUACAGGUCUGUGAGAGCCAGAAAUCUUGCUUGUUUGUAAGUGACCAAAUACUUAUUUUCCACCAUAAUUUCCAAAUAAAUUCAUUAAAAAUCCUACAAUGUGAUUUUCUGGAUUUUCUUUCCUCAAUUUGUCUGUCAUAGUUGACGUGUACCUAUGAUGAAAAUUACAGGCCUCUCUCAUCUUUUUAAGUGGGAGAACUUGCACAAUUGGUGGCUGACUAAAUAAUUUGUUCGCCACUGUAUCUAUACCGAACUGAAAUAUUAACACAACAUGCAACAAUUUCUAAGAUUUUACUGAGUUACAGUUCAAUCAACUGAAAUUAACUAAUUAGGCCCUAAUCUAUUUCACAUGACUGGGAAUACAGAUAUGCAUAUGUUGGUCACAGAUACCUUUAAAAAAAGGUAGGGGCGUCCAUCCAAAAACCAGUAAGUAUCUGGUGUGACCACCAUUUGCCUCGUGCAGCGCAACACAUCUUCUUCGCUUAGAGUUGUUCAGGCUGUGAUUGUGGCCUGUGGAAUGUUGUCCCACUCCUCUUGAAUGGCUGUGCGAAGUUGCUGUAUAUUGGCGGGAACUGGAACACGCUGUCGUACACGUCAAUCCAAAGCAUCCCAAACAUGCUCAAUGUACCAUCUAAACCGUUGUGAAAUAUAUUUUUCUUUUUGAAUCUAGUGUACAAAACCGAAAGUAAAAACUUAAGAAUGGGAAGCAUAGAAAUAGUACACAUAGAACAUAUCUACCGCUUCUUAGACUUGCUUUCAAGUCGAAUGAUAGAUCUAUAACUCUCAUUUCUAUGUGAAUUUGGUCAGGUCACCCAUAAAGUUACAUAUUGCCAUUUUAAUUAAGCUAAAAUAUCAUAAAUAAAUCAUACAUAAUAAAGGACAGUAUCAGCUUCUUUUCAUAAAGAAAAGGGAAUAAAUCAUCUCAAACUGCAGCAGUCAAAUGAUUUACGCACAGAAGGAAGGACCAACUAACUUCACAUGUGCAUUGAGCUUGGGAAAUGCGCUCUACAAAUGAAAUAUUACUAUUACUGAUAUUAUAAAGACAGAAGAAUACACAAGGGAGGCACUGUUACUGUACAAUACUACACUGUCUAUAAAACGUAAGUACUCAGGCAACUGAAUGAUCAGAUGUUCUAUAUGAGACUAACUACAAACCCCACAAAACAGCUUUAGGCUGUAAUCGAACAGACUGUCACAGAGGGCAAUGGUGAUAUUGCCAAUAGAGAACACAGAUUAUUGGUGUGUAAAAACAGCGCCGCACUGGUAAUCUGCAGUCCCUAAAAUACUGUUUAAUUAUCAAAAUCCCCAAAGGGACAGGACCAAUCUUCUUUGCGACAUCAGACCAGGUUUAUCAGAAGGCAUGAAGAUCACUGCUUGGCUUCAAAUGCCCUGAUUUAAUAAAUGUGCCCCUAAUUAGACAUUAGUUAAACUUCUUCCCGCUAAUGAAAACAACUCCACAAAGCAUUAUUGUCCAAAUAAUCCGUGCACACCUCAGAAUAAUUUUGCCCAGUAGGUGGCUUUUGACUCCUGGUAGCCUAAUUGGUCUGUGUCCGAAUAGUAAAGUAGUCAUAUAUUUUGUAUUAUUAUUAUUACUGCCACUACUGCAUGAGGCUAUAAAACUGCAACGAUUUAUUUUGCAACCUGUCCGCCAAAUCCAUCCAUUACGCACGGUUCUCCCUCUCAAUCGCUCCUUCUCAAGGAUGCUUUCAGAUCAAUAUUUUUUGCUUUGCUUUAUCAUCAAAUGAAUAGGUUUUUGUCAUUGGUGCUAUUGAAACUCGGAUAGCUUCCUUAUGUUUCAGUAAACCAUUAGCCAACACUUCAAAGAUUAAGCGUGAAUGUUUACUAUCUCUUUAUUUUAUUUGGGUGAUUAAAUGUAUCUUUUCCUGUUAUUGUGAACGGUAGGCUAUAACAAGUUAAACCUUUCAAUUGAAAGCCUAUCACAAACCUCUUUUGUAGGCGAUUGUUCGCAGUAUACACCAGCCUAUUAUCUCUGAAGUUCAUUAAUUUAUGGGUGAUGGAUACUUUAACUGUACGUUUAGGCUACUGUUAAAGCGCUCACAUAGGCUCUACAUUGAUUCUAUUGAUGGAAAACGGUUGUUUACCUCUUGUGUCGCACACACUUCAUUCAACAUUUCAUUCUAGCUCACAAUCAAGGACGGCGGUGUAUUCCCUCCAGCAGUGAAGUGUAGGCCUAUGACUAUGUAGCCUUGUGACACUAUCAUACUGGACUCUGUGCUGGUCCCUACUUAAAUGUUUUUUGAAAUAGUAUCCACACACGGUGGCGCCUUCAUCUCAAUGUAUUUUUAGAUUUUAGGCUUUCCAAAUAUAUUCCAUUCUCCUUUCGCUUGUUUGUAUUGUGGCUAUAUUCCCACUAAUAUUCCUUUAUGUAAUUAAGCUUUGACAUGUAUAUUUUUCUGUCUUUGUAUUAAUAAUAAUCAUAUGUAAUUUGUAGAGCGCAUUUCCCAAGCUCAAUGCACAUGUGAAGCUUGUUGUUGGUUGUUUCUGUGCUCAAAUCAUUUGACCGCUGCAGUUUGAGAUGAUUUAUUCCCUUUUCUUUAUGAAAAGAAGCUGAUACUGUCCUUUAUUAUUUAUGGUUUAUUUAUGAUAUUUUAGCUUCAUUAAAUUGAUUUAUAUUAUGAUUUUUUUAUUCCAAGAGAAACUAAAAUACUGUUUACAGUAGCCUAUGUAUUGCCUGCCUAAAACAUCUGUUAAUAUAUUUGAAGUCCUAGAAAAAAAUAGAAACGAUAUAUCUUAAUGUUAGAAAGUAGAAUAUAAACAAGAUUUAGGCUACUGUGGUGGGGUAGGCUAAAUAAUUACCACCGAAUAGGCCUAAUUAAAAGAAUAGUGAUAAAGGAAAUAAAAAAUGCUAGGCAGAGCAUGCCCAGAGCUUGUGGCUGAGCAGUACCAGAGCCAAAUUGAAGGCCAACAUAAUUUUUUUAUCUGCUCAAUUAUGCUCUGCUCCUCACUCCACACACGCCCACUUACAUGCUCUGUCAUUCAAAAGCAGCCCUACUUUAGGUUAUCAAAGAACUGUCAAUGAAUAAUUAUAUCAAUGAAUGGAAUCAGUGAAUAAAUGGCUGCAGCAACCAUUACAGCACUAAUGUGUUGUGAAAUCUGUUGUGAAUGUAUUGUAAUGUUUUUAAAUUGUAUAACUGCCUUCAUUUUGCUGGAUCCCAGGAAGAGUAGCUGCUGCCGUGGCAGGAUUCAUUCACUGACAAGCUGCAGAACAAAUUAGGCCUAAUUAGACAAAAUAACAAUUAAGUCAUUCAAACAAGAUACUAAGUUGUUUGAACAACUUAUUAUCUCUUUUGAACGACUUAGUAUCUUGUUUGAAUGACUGAGUAUAUUAUGUUUUUACAUUCCAUACUUCCAUACUAUUAUAUUUUACUGCAAAGGUUUGAAAAUCUGUUUUAUGUCUUGAACUCAACGUUUACUUCGCUGCCAUCUUGUGUUUAUUGCUCGUUAUUACAUUAGGAGAAAUCACCAUGCAAAAACUACAGUGCCUGGGAGAAGAUGCAAAAACUGAACAAUUUAUUAAUUGAACAGUGAGCACCGUCAUAAAUAUGCCAAUCACCAAUGUCUUUCCUUGUCAUGCCAAGCAUGACCAUUGGUUUUACUGUAAUGUUAUGACCAGAUGUGGAACCUGUGUCUCUCAGGGAGCUGGAGGAGUAUGUGGACCAUCUGAGGAGAGACUCGUCCUCUGGCAAAGGUCAGCUGUCAGUCACCCUCAGGGACGUGGAGGAGGGAGCUGUCAACCUCAGGAGGGUGGGAGAGUCCUUAGCUGGACUUAAAGGUGAGCACUGUCUGGGGCUGCUGCUAGAGGUUAGCACAUCAUUGACCACAGGUAGAAGACGUUCAAGUGAUUGAGUUACCAAUAGCAGGAGGUACUCCAUAGCCACAGUAGCAGCAUUAAUCAUAUACAACCUGUGGAUAACCACAGUCAGUUCUGUAAUGUUUUAAGAUACAGUACCAGUCAAAAGAUUGGACACACCUACUCAUUCAAGGGUUUUUCUUUAUUUUAAAAAUGUUUUACUUUGUAGAAUAAUAGUGAAGACAUCAAAACUAUUAAAUAACACUUAGGGAAUCAUGUAGUAACCAAAAAAUUGUUAAACAAAUCAAAAUAUAUUUUAUAUUUGAGAUUCUUCAAAUAGCCACCUUUUGCCUUGAUGACAGCUUUGCACACUCUUGGCAUUCUCUCAAUCAGCUUCACCUGGAAUGCUUUUCCAACAGUCUUGAAGGAGUUCCCACCUAUGCUGAGUACUUGUUGGCUGCUUUUCCUUCACUCUGCUGUCCGACUCAUUCCAAACCAUCUCAAUUGGGUUGAGGUCAGGGGAUUGUGGAGGCCAGGUCAUCUGAUGCAGCACUCCAUCACUCUCCUUCUUGGUCAAAUAGCCCUUACACAGGCUGGAGGUGUGUUGGGUCAUUGUCCUGUUGAAAAACAAAUGAUAGUCCCACUAAGCCAGAUGGGAUGGCGUAUCGCUGCAGAAUGCUGUGGUAGCCAUGCUUGUUAAGUGUGCCUUGAACUCUAAAUAAAUCACUGACAGUGUCACCAGAAAAGCACCCCCACACCCCCACACCAUAACACCUCCUCCUCCAUGCUUUACGGUGGGAACUACACAUGCGGAGAUCGUCCGUUCACCAACACCGCGUCUCACAAAGACAUGGCGGUUGGAACCAAUAAUCUCCAAUUUGGACUCCAGACCAAAGGACACAUUUCCACCGGUCUAAUGUCCAUUGCUCGUGUUUCUUGGCCCUAGCAGGUCUCUUCUUCUUAUUGGUGUCCUUUAGUAGUGGUUUCUUUGCAGCAAUUCAACCAUGAAGGCCUGAUUCACACAGUUCCCUCUGAACAGUUGAUGUUGAGAUGUGUCUGUUACUUGAACUCUGUGUAGCAUUUAUUUGGGCUGCAAUUUCUGAGGCUGGCAACUCUAAUAAACGUAUCCUCUGCAGCAGAGGUAACUCUGGGUCUUCCAUUCCUGUGGCGGUCCUCAUGAGAGCCGUACCUUCAGGCUCUGAUCAGUCCCUACACCCAAACGAGGGCAUUGCGUUCAUCCACCUCUGGCCUGCUGGCUCCCCUUCCUCUGCGGAAGCAUAGUUCCCGCUCAGCCCAGUCAAAACUGUUCGCUGCUCUGGCACCCCAAUGGUGGAACAAGCUCCCUCACGACGCCAGGACAGCGGAGUCACUCACCACCUUCCGGAGACAUUUGAAACCCCACCUCUUUAAGGAAUACCUGGGAUAGGAUAAAGUAAUCCUUCUACCCCCCCCAAAAAAAAAUUAAAAAAAAAAAAAAAAAUAGAAAAUUGUAAAGUGGUUAUCCCACUGGCUAUAGGGUGAAUGCACCAAUUUGUAAGUCGCUCUGGAUAAGAGCGUCUGCUAAAUGACGUAAAUGUAAAUGUAAAUGUAAGCCAGUUUCAUCAUAGCGCUUGAUGGUUUUUGUGACUGCACGUGAAGAAACUUUCAAAGUUCUUGACAUUUUCCGGAUUGACUGACCAUGUCUUUGCUUAUUUGAGCUGUUCUUGCCAUAAUAUGGACUUGGUCUUUUACCAAAUAGGGCUAUCUUCUGUAUAGCCCCCCCCCCCCCCCCCCCCCCCCCCCCCCCACCUUGUCACAACACAACUGAUUGGCUCAAACGCAUUAAGAAGGAAAGAAAUUCCACAAAUUAACUUUUAAGGAGGCACACCUGUUAAUUGAAAUGCAUUCCAGGUGACUACCUCAUGAAGCUGGUUGAGAGAAUGCCAAGAGUGUGCAAAGCUGUCAUCAAGGCAAAGGGUGGCUAUUUGAAGAAUCUCAAAUAUAAAAUAUAUUUUGAUUUGUUUAACACUUUUCUGGUUACUACAUGAUUCCAUAUGUGUUAUUUCAUAGUUUUGAUGUCUUCACUGUUAUUCUACAAUGUAAAAAAAAAUCUAAAAUAAAGAAAAACCCUUGAAUGAGUAGGUGUGUCCAAACUUUUGACUGGUAGUGUAUGUGAAGGGUAAGAAAGGACACCGUGGAUAGCUGAUGCUUCGUCGAUGUGUGACAACUUUAGGAUUUAUGGUCCCUCCCUCCUCCACUACCUCCCUCCCCUCUGUCAGGUGAGUUCCCAAGCCUACAUGGGAAGAUGCGGACGGUGCUGUGUGUGGAGGUGGAGGCGGUGCGCUUCCUGAAGGAGGAGCCUCAAAAGAUGGACAGCAUGCUUAAGAGGGUCAAAGCCCUGACAGAGGCUCUCAGCGGUCUCAGAAGGUACAUGCUGACCCUGUAUAUCAUCCAGGACAUGUAAGAGGAUGACUAUAAAGUAAUGCUGUGUUCCCUUCAGAUGUGUCACAGAGAAUCAUCCUCAUGAUCCCAAGCCUGGAGCAGCCAAAGCAGCCACAGCAGAGGGGGGUGUAAAGCCUGCCAUUGACCAGUCUGAACCCCCCCGGAAGAAUCUCCCCACAAUGGAAUCUCCCAAACCUCAGCCCAGGACCUCUGUCAGACCCCCCCAGCCCCAGGUCAAGAACCCUGCAGGCAGGCCAGACACGGCCUCCACCUCACCUGACGUCGUCCACCGUGUGAAGAGCUCUCCCAUCAACAUGCAGCCGUGUCAGCACUUAGCGGCUCUGCCACACCACCACCCCAGCCCCCCACUGACUCCCACCCACGGCCGAGACUCCCCCACCGUGGCCAAGGUCAGUCCCCGCAGCCGGGAGAACAGCCCAGCCCUGCAGAAGAGAAUGGUCCCCUGGUGCGGCGAUGGACCGGCACCCAUGGCCAGCAGCACUGAGACCACCACACAACCACCUGGCUCAGAGGAGAUCCACACCAACAGUGGCAGCAUCAAACACAUAGUCAUGGACAUUGAGGUAGUCAUAGUCAGUCUGAUAAUCCUAGUAAUUAUUUAAUUGUCUGUAAAAACACAUAGAACACAUAGAAUUUUUUUUUACUUUCAAUGGAGAUUCUUUUUAGUCUAAGACUGGACUUAAUCUGGGUCCAGGAAACUUGCUCAAGGUGGCUGAGUUGAGAUGAAGAAUGUCUUUAAAACUGAGAUGACUGUUACUUACUGUGUAAUGUAAUAUAGACCACACUAUCACUCAAGAUGAUUAAACAGAGCACUCUGCCAGUUCUCAGUAAAUCUCAGUAAAGCGCAUCUACAUUUCUGAUCGGUAGGCAUUGAGACGUCUGGUCCUCUCUCUUUUCCACCCCACAGGCUGCAGAGAGAGAGAGGGACCUGGAGGAGGGGAGGUCAUCACAGAACUCAGCAGCCACCUCUGCUGGGAGUGAGUUUGAACAGAUUCUCCAGGAGGCCCAGGCCAGCCUGAUGAGGGCCAUACCCGACCUGGAGGUGACUGAGACAGGGAGGAGGGAGGCUCAGUCCUCCCCUCCACCCCUAGCUCCAGACCAUCCAUCUCUCCCCCAGCCUCUCCCAGACCCAGAGCUGCCCCUCAACACUCCACUGCAAGACGAAGUAGAUGCCCCUCAACCUACUGAGGCACCUCUUCCAGGUAAGAAACUAUGGAAGUUAAUAGACCCAUUAAAUUGUUGGAAGCAUCAAGAUUACCAGUGUGCUGUAAUUUUUCUUAUUUUUGUAAGAAACUCUGGAAGGACGCAGAAUGCAGAACUAUUGUACAAACUGGCUGCUUUUUCAUCAUCCCCAAACAAAACUAAAGGUGUAAUCAUAAUGAUACAUAAGGAAUGUGGAAAUCACCAUCUUGGGUAAAGGCGAAGACCAAGAAGGCAGAAUCACUCUCCUUAAAUGUAUCCAUAAUGGAAAGAAAAUUGCCUUUAUUAAUGUGUAUGCUCCAAAUUUAUAUGAUCCUACAUUUUUAUUAUUCGCGGAACAGCAUAUUGUUAGAAUGAACUUAAUUCCAUCUGGUUAUUGGGACAGACAUGAAUGCCAUUUUGGACAUGCGGGACAAAUCUAAUAAGACUAACUACAAUCUACACGUGACCAAGGCUCUCCAACAUAUACUCUCUAAUUACAACCUCAAUGAUGCCUGGCGAGCACAAAAUCCAAAAGCAAAUGAGUAAAUGUUAUACGCAAACAGGCAUAAAACAUAUCCUGAAUCGAUUUUAUAUAAUGUAUCUACACCUCUAUUUUCUAAAAUUAAGAAAAUAGAAAGUCGACAUAUGAGUUUGUCCGAUCACCACGCCUACUACUGCCAAUUACAAAUGUCAGAUUCUCCUCCCUUUAAGAGUGUGCUAAUCUCAGCUCGUUACCUGUAUAAAAGACACCUGGGAGCCAGAAAUCUUUCUGAUUGAGAGGGGGUCAAAUACUUAUUUCCCUCAUUAAAAUGCAAAUCAAUUUAUAACAUUUUUGACAUGCGUUUUUCUGGAUUUUUUUGUUGUUAUUCUGUCUCUCACUGUUCAGAUAAACCUACCAUUAAAAUUAUAGACUGAUCAUUUCUUUGUCAGUGGGCAAACGUACAAAAUCAGCAGGGGAUCAAAUACUUUUUUCUCUCACUGUACAGUCGUGGUCAAAAGUUUUGAGAAUGACACAAGUAUUUGUCUUCACAAAGUUCGCUGCUUCAGUGUUAUGAGAUAUUUUUGUCAGAUGUUACUAUGGUAUACUGAAGUAUAAUUACAAGCAUUCCAUAAGUGUCAAAGGCUUUUAUUGACAAUUACAUUAAGUUUAUGCAAAGAGUCAAUAUUUGCAGUGUUGACCCUUCUUUUUCAAGACCUCUGCAACCCGCCCUGGCAUGCUGUCAAUUAACUUCUGGGCCACAUCCUGACUGAUGGCAGCCCAUUCUUGCAUAAUCAAUGCUUGGAGUUUGUCAGAUUUUGUAGGUUUUUGUUUGUCCACCCGCCUCUUGAGGAUCGACCACAAGUUCUCAGUGGGAUUAAGGUCUGGGGAGUUUCCUGGCCAAAAUGUCUAUGUUUUGUUCCCUGAGCCACUUAGUUAUCACUUUUGCCUUAUGGCAAGGUGCUCCAUCAUGCUGGAAAAGGCAUUGGUCGUCACCAAACUGUUCUUGGAUGGUUGGGAGAAGUUUCUCUCGGAGGAUGUGUUGGUACCAUUCUUUAUUCAUGGAUGUGUUCUUAGGCAAAAUUGUGAGUGAGCCCACUCCCUUGGCUGAGAAGCAACCCCACACAUGAAUGGUCUCAGGAUGCUUUACUGUUGGCAUGACACAGGACUGAUGGUAGCGCUCACCUUGUCUUCUCCGGACAAGGUGUUUUCCGGAUGCCCCAAACAAUCGGAAAGGUGAUUCAUCAGAGAAAAUAACUUUACCCCAGUCCUCAGCAGUCCAAUCCCUGUACCUUUUGCAAAAUAUCAGUCUGUCCCUGAUGUUUUCCUGGAGAGAAGUGGCUUCUUUGCUGCCCUUCUUGUCACCAGGCCAUCCUCCAAAACAUCUUUGCCUCACUGUGCGUGCAGAUGCACUCACAACUGCCUGCUGCCAUUCCUGAGCAAGCUCUGCACUGGUGGUGCCCCGAUCCCACAGCUGAAUCAACUUUAGGAGACGGUCCUGGCGCUUGCUGGACUUCCUUGGGCGCCCGCUGGACUUUCUUGGGCGCCCUGACGCCUUCUUCACAACAAGUUCUUGAUGUUCCGAUAAAUGGUUGAUUUAGGUGCAAUCUUAAUAGCAGCAAUAUCCUUGCCUGUGAAGCCCUUUUUGUGCAAAGCAAUGAUGACGGCACGUGUUUCCUUGCAGGUAACCAUGGUUAACAGAGGAAGAACAAUGAUUUCAAGCACCACCCUCCUUUUAAAGCUUCCAGUCUGUUAUUCUAACUCAAUCAGCAUGACAGAGUGAUCUCCAGCCUUGUCCUCGUCAACAACAAGAGAAUCACUGACAUGAUGGCAGCUGGUCCUUUUGUGGCAGGGCUGAAAUGCAGUGGAAAUGUUUCUUUGGGAUUAAGUUCAUUUUCAUGGCAAAGAGGGACUUUGCAAUUAAUUGCAAUUCAUCUGAUCACUCUUCAUGACAUUCUGGAGUGUAUGCAAAUUGCCAUCAUCAAAACUGAGGCAGCAGACUUUGUGAAAAUUAGUAUGUGUGUCAUUCUCAAAACUUUUGACCACGACUGUAGUUCUGUCCUUGAGCUGUUCUUGUCUAUUAAUGUUCUGUAUUAUGUCAUGUUUCAUGUUUUAUGUGGACCGACCCCAGGAAGAGUAGCUGCUGCUUUCGCAACAGCUAACGGGGAUCCUAACAAAGUACCAAAUACAGUGAGGGAAAAAAGUAUUUGAUCCCCUGCUGAUUUUGUACGUUUGCCCACUGACAAAGAAAUGAUCAGUCUAUAAUUUUAAUGGUAGGUUUAUCUGAACAGUGAGAGACAGAAUAACAACAAAAAAAUCCAGAAAAACGCAUGUCAAAAAUGUUAUAAAUUGAUUUGCAUUUUAAUGAGGGAAAUAAGUAUUUGACCCCCUCUCAAUCAGAAAGAUUUUUGGCUCCCAGGUGUCUUUUAUACAGGUAACGAGUUAAGAUUAGGAUCACACUCUUAAAGGGAGACACCUGUCCACAGAAGCAAUCAAUCAGAUUCCAAACUCUCCACCAUGGCCAAGACCAAAGAGCUCUCCAAUGAUGUAGACCUACACAAAGCUGGAAUGGGCUACAAGACCAUCGCCAAGCAGCUUGGUGAGAAGGUGACAACAGUUGGUGCGAUAAUUUGCAAAUGGAAGAAACACAAAAUAACUGUCAAUCUCCCUCGGCCUGGGGCUCCAUGCAAGAUCUCACCUCGUGGAGUUGCAAUGAUCAUGAGAACGGUGAGGAAUCAGCCCAGAACUACACGGGAGGAUCUUGUCAAUGAUCUUAAGGCAGCUGGGACCAUAGUCACCAAGAAAACAAUUGGUAACACACUACGCCGCGAAGGACUGAAAUCCUGCAGCGCCCGCAAAGUCCCCCUGCUCAAGAAAGCACAUAUACAGGCCCGGCUGAAGUUUGCCAAUGAACAUCUGAAUGAUUUAGAGGAGAACUGGGUGAAAGUGUUGUGGUCAGAUGAGACCAAAAUGGAGCUCUUUGGCAUCAACUCAACUCGCCGUGUUUGGAGGAGGAGGAAUGCUGCCUAUGACCCCAAGAACACCAUCCCCACCGUCAAACAUGGAGGUGGAAACAUUAUGCUUUGGGGGUGUUUUUCUGCUAAGGGGACAGGACAACUUCACCGCAUCAAAGGGACGAUGGACGGGGCCAUGUACCGUCAAAUCUUGGGUGAGAACCUCCUUCCCUCAGCCAGGGCAUUGAAAAUGGGUUGUGGAUUGGUAUUCCAGCAUGACAAUGACCCAAAACACACGGCCAAGGCAACAAAGGAGUGGCUCAAGAAGAAGCACAUUAUGGUCCUGGAGUGGCCUAGCCAGACUCCAGACCUUAAUCCCAUAGAAAAUCUGUGGAGGAAACUAAAUGUUCGAGUUGCCAAACGUCAGCCUCGAAACGUUAAUGACUUGGAGAAGAUCUGCAAAGAGGAGUGGGACAAAAUCCCUCCUGAGAUGUGUGCAAACCUCGUGGCCAACUACAAGAAACGUCUGACCUCUGUGAUUGCCAAAAAGGGUUUUGCCACCAAGUACUAAGUCAUGUUUUGCAGAGGGGUCAAAUACUUAUUUCCCUCAUUAAAAUGCAAAUCAAUUUAUAACAUUUUUGACAUGCGUUUUUCUGGAUUUUGUUGUUGUUAUUCUGUCUCUCACUGUUCAAAUAAACCUACCAUUAAAAUUAUAGACUGAUCAUGUCUUUGUCAGUGGGCAAACGUACAAAGAGUACUCCAUCCUCUACUUAUGGAAUCCCAAUCGUUUACCAUUUUAAAUAUUUGGGAGUAGAUAUAUUUCCUUCCUUAGAUAAAACCAUUGCCAGAAACUUUAACAGAACACACAAAUCAAUUCAAUCCGACAGUAGAUGGACUAACAUCCCAGUUGCUGUGAACUGCAGAAUAUCAAUUGUCAAAAUGAGUAUAUUGCCAAGGCUGAAUUUCUGUAGUUCAAUGCUUCCCAUGUCUCCCCCUUCUGGCUAUUGGGAUGAAAUUCAUAGUGCGGUUUUAAAAUUGAUAUGGAAAGGUAAACGAUCCCAGAUAAAAUUAACAAACUUACAAAGAGGGAAAGACGUAAGAGGACUAACCGUACCAAACUUUAAAUUGUAUUUCCAGGCAUUAGCAUUUAAUCUAUCCUAAAUAGUUUAGACAUGAUUCUUCCCACCCCUGGCUGAGUAUAGAGAGAAAUAUGGUGUCUCCUAAUGCCCUGGAAGAGGUGGUCUUCACUGAUAUAUCCCUUAAACAAUGUAAACUACGCUUUGGUCCUAUAAUUGCUCCCACAAUUUAUAUUUGGUGCAAAGAUUUUAAACAUUGUAACUGGGAAUCAAAAUGGCAUGCCCAUACUCCAAUAUGUCACAAUAAUGCCUUGGGAUCUGGAGGGCGACCUUUUGCAUCCCCCCAAUGGUCCAAAUGUGGAAUCCGUACCCUUGCCGAUAUCAUGGACAGUAAUGGUUUGAGAACAUUCCAAGAUUUGAAAGACACAUACACAUUACCAGGCAACUCCUUUUUUCUAUAUUUACAACUUAAGUUAGCUACAGUGCCUUCAGAAAGUAUUCAUACCCCUUGACUUAUUCCACAUUUUGUUGUGUUACAGCCUGAAUUCAAAAUGGAUUAAAUAGAUUUAGUUUCUCACCCAUCUACAUAGAAUACCCCAUAAUGGGCUCCCGAGUGGCGCAGCGGUCUAAGGCACUGCAUCUCAGUGCUUGAGGCAUCACUACAAACCCCCUGGUUCGAUUCCAGGCUGUAUCACAACCGGCCGUGAUUGGGAGUCCCAUAGGGCGGCGCACAAUUGGCCCAGCGUCGUCCGGGUUUGGCUGGUGUAGGCCAUCAUUGUAAAUAAGAAUUUGUUCUUAACUGACUUGCCUAGUUAAAUAAACAAUAAUAAAAAAAUGACUUAGAACACCUACUCAUUCAAGGGUUGUUCUUUAUUUUCUACAUUGUAGAAUAAUAGUGAAGACAUCAAAACUAUGAAAUAACACAUAUGGAAUCAUGUAGUAGCCAAAAAAGUGUUAAACAAAUCAAAAUUAUAUUUUAUAUUUGAGAUUCUUCAAAUAGCCACCUUUUGCCUUGAUGACAGCUUUGCACACUCUUGGCAUUCUCUCAACCAGCUUCAUGAAGUAGUCACCUGGAAUGCAUUUCAAUUAACAGGUGUGCUUAACACUUUUUUGUUUACCACGUGAUUCCAUAUGUGUUAUUUCAUAGUUUUGAUGUCUUCACUAUUAUUCUACAAUGUAGAAAAUAGUAAAAAUAAUGAAAAUCCUUUGAAUGAGUAGGUGUUCUAAAACUUUUGACCGGUAUUGUAAGUAUUCACACCCCAGCCAAUACUUUGUAGAAGCACCUUUGGCAGUGAUUACAGCUGUGAGUCUUUCUGGGUAAGUCUCUAAGAGCUUUCCACACCUGGAUUGUGCAACAUUUGCUCAUUAUUCUUUUCAAAAUUCUUCAAGCUUUGUCAAAUUGCUAGACAGCGAUGUGCGAUGUUCAGAUCAUGCCAUAGAUUUUCAAGUAGAUUUAAUUCUAAACUGUAACUCGGCCACUCGGGAACAUUCACUGUCUUCUUGGCUCCAGUGUAGAUUGUGUUUUAGGUUAUUGUCCUGCUGAAAGGUGAGGUCAUCUCCCAGUGUCUGCUGGACAGCAGACUGAACCAGGUUUUCCUCUAGGAUUUUGCCUGUGCUUAGCUCCAUUCCAUAAUUUUUUAUCCUGAAAAACUCCCCAGUCCUUAAUGAUUACAAGCAUACCCAUAGCAUGAUGCAGCCACCACUAUGCUUUAAGUGGUAGCUUAGUGGUUAAGAGCGUUGUGCCAGUAACCGAAAGGUCGCUGGUUCUAAUCCCCAAGCCAACUAGGUGAAAAAUAUAUAUAUAUAUAUAUAUGGGGAGUGGUACUCAGUAAUGUGUUGUAUUGGAUUUGCCCGAAAACAUAACACUUGUAUUCAGGACAAAAAGUAAAUUGGUUUGCCACAUUUUUUGCAGUAUUACUUUAGUGCCUUGUUGCGAACAGGAUGUUCAGAAUGUUUUUAUUAUGUACAGGCUUCCUUCUGUCAAUUAGGUUAGUAUUGUGGAGUAACUACAAUGUUGUUGAUCUAUCCUCAGUUUUCUCCUAUCACAGCCAUUCAACUCUGAGCGGUUUUCUUCCUCUACGGCAACUGAGUUAGGAAGGACGCUUGCAUCUUUUGUAUUGACUGGGUGUAUUGAUACACCAUCCAAAGUGUAAUUCAUAACUUCACCAUGCUCAAAGGGAUAUUCAAUGUCUGCUUCUUUUUACCAAUCUGCCCUUCUUUGCGAGGCAUUGGAAAACUUCCCUGGUCUUUCUGGUUGAAUCUGUGCUUGAAAUUCACUGCUCGACUGACGGACCUUACAUAUAAUUGUGUGUGUAGGGUACAGAGAUGAGGUAGUCAUUCAAAAAUCAUGUUAAACACUAUUAUUGCACACAGAGUGAGUUCAUGCAACUUAUUAUGUGACUUGUUAAGCACAUUUUUACACCUGAACGUAUUUAGGCUUGCCAUUACAAAGGAGUUGAAAACGUAUUAACUCAAGACAUUUCAGCUUUUAAUUUUUAAUUAAUUGGUAAAAACCCAACGAACCAUCCAAUGAUGGGAUUUACAAAUAAAUUAUCUGGGCUCCAAAAAGGACUGAUCUCUAUAAUAUAUAAACAACAUUUGGAAAGUUCAUAUUCUGGGCUAGCCAUUAAAAAAGUAUGGUCCACAGAUCUAAGAGAAUCUGAAUAACCCUUUAACUGGAACAGAAUAUGGAAAAAUAUGACCUUGGCAUCCUGUAAUCUGAACCAUCAAUUUAUACAUUCUAAGUUUGUUCACAGACUGUAUUUAACACCAAAGAAAAGUUUGAUGAUGACAUUUCCCCCAACUCCCAACUGUUCACUGUGUCCCCUAAAUCAGGUAGGCACAUUCCUUCAUUUGAUGUUGGAGUGCCCUGCAGUUAAAUGCUUCUGGGACAAAGUUACAAAAUUAAUUUUGAAGUGCAUGAAUGUAAAUAUUCAAUGCGUUGCAUCUACUAUGUUACUUAAUGAUGAUAGCUCCUUGAAUCUCUCAAUCAAUCACAGAUGAUUACUGCUGGCAGGCAGCACUUCAGCAAAAAAAGAUGCUGGCUCUUAGAUGGAAAACACCCCGCUCUUUCACAAUUCGCCAGUGGAUACAGUUACUAUUAGAAGUCAUAACAUUAGAAUUAUCGACAGCGAGAAUUUAUGGUUCUAGUCAAGGAACAAUUGAGGCCUGGACAAAUAUACUUGACUCUGUAAAGGGGGGGGGGGGUGGGGGGGGGGGGGUGGACUGACAACCAACCCGUGUUGCUAGGCGGGGUGGUAAGGGGUGGAAAACAUGGUUUAAUUGACAUUUAGUAAAGAUGUGUAUGUAUUAUUUAUGCUCUACAUACAGUAUACUGUACAUUGUCUGUGUAUGUGUGUCGUCAUCUGACAGAACCCACUCAGCCAGCUAAUGUGGCUGCUGAGGUGACUGUUCAGGCCAGCCCUGAGCGACCACAUAGGCCUAUGGUUGAGAAGCCUCGCAGGCCCAGUGUGGAGAGGGAGAUGAAGAAUAGCCCAGAGAAGGCAGGGAAGUCUCCUCCACCACCCCCACCACGGAGGUUCUUCCCUUCACCGUCAGGCCCAGGGCUGACCACAGGGAGGUCUGGAGAAGUCAUCUUUACUACCAGGAAGGAAGCCGCCACCGCACAGGUGUGUGACUCAUUUGUUCGGCAGUAUCACUAGUCAAGCAGCAAUCCCAGACAGGAUAACCUCAUAAUAUUUGUAACACUGCCAGUCAAAUGGCUGUCUUUAGUAAGAUGUAUGCACACAUGACUGUAAGUCGCUUUGGAUAAAAGCGUCUGCUAAAUGGCUUAUUAUUAUUAUUAGUAGUAGUAGUGUAUGCACACAUGACCUAGUGGGGGAUACAGUGCCAAUUUAUCCAAGCCACUUUUGCUCUGUCAAGUUUUCCGGUGUCCAAGUCAGUGUUUCGCUAUCCCCUUCAGGAUGAUGAAGAGGAGGUGGUCCCUCAACCCAGUCCCAAACCCACCAGACAGCCCCCAGAUGUCAAGCCCAAGCCCCAAACCACUCCUGUUUCCACAGCCUCAGCUGAGACAGAGGAAAAGGAGGACGAAGAAGAAGAGGAUGAUGAUGAUGAGGAGGAGGAUCAAUUCAUGAAGGAACUACAGGUAAAUAAACACUGUCAGAUGAAUACCACAAAUAUGUACAAAGCAUUUGUCCAUUUUUAACCUUUUAACAUAAACAGUAGCACUAUUGUACGUGAUAUUAUCUUACAUGCAUUACUACUAAAACCUCAUGAAAAUGUGUUUAUGUCGCCCUCUGUUGUUCAAAGGAAGAAUGGGUUUUGUCUGUGUGAACAAGAAUAUGCCCAGCCAAAUACAUCAGUUAGUGUGAUAUUUAACUCAGUCUUUGUUGUACAGCCACCGAGCCCUUGUCAUGAUAUACGAUCUGGAAUCUGUGAUCUAAUCAGUGCACUUUGACCUCUUCAGGUGUUUCAGAAGUGCACUCUUAGAGAUGUAAGCAUGAAGUGUGACAUAGACCUUACAAGCACUGCAUCCCAAGUCAGACAGAUAGAGCCAGAGCUCUCCCUCACACCCAAAGACCCAAAGGUAACAGAUGUGGUGCCCUUUUACUAACCCGCUUUGUGUGGUGUGCCCAUGGUCUGACCUUAGGCCUGCACUCACUGCUUAUCUGGCCUCUAACACUAAUCUGAUCUGGGGCCUGCCUGUCUGUGCUUACAGCUUAAUCAGACUCUGAAUCUGGUCUGAGCUUGGAUCUAAAGCUUGCUUUUGAUUGAAUGUGCUUCUGAACACUGGUCUGACUGCCACUCAGUGCUUGGAUAUUAGUAUUGGAAUGGCCUGGGGGCCGGAGGUUUGGUGUUUCCUCUGGUGUUUCCUGUCUGUCAUGUUAUCAAUGCCUUUCAGAGAAUUGGCUGAUGUCUCAUAUAAAAGGUGUAUGGUGUCUCUUGGUGUUGGAAAAUGUUUGCUCUUGAUUUCCAAAUGUGAUGUUAUCUUCAAUGAAUUUCCAUUUCCUUCCACUCUGAGAUUGCGGACUUAUCAUUCACACUGUGCAGUGUUCUUGCCUGGCUCUGUGAAUGAAUCUGCAUCUGAUAUUUUGUAGCAUAUCUCUCUUAUCACAUUGUGCUUGACUCUAUUUCCCUCAGUUCUCUAAGCAUGCUUUCUUGGCUGCCAUGCCUGGUCUCUCUCUUGGCUGCCAUGGCUGUAAAUUGAAGUGUAAACUGUACUCAAAGAGCUGUUGUGCAAUGAUGUUAUUCCCUAAACUGUCCUAGCAGAGUCAGGAGAACAAGGGUAAAGAGAAAAGUGUGCUCAACACUGAUGAAAACAGAUUUGACACUGUUCCAAAGAGUCCCAGGGUAAGUCUUAACUCCCCCAUAUAACCCAUGUUCCUCAGUCAGAAUACAGUAUAUACAGUAUAUUGUGUAUUUGUGAUAUUGAUAGCUAUUUCCCUGAUUUUUUUUUCCAGGUCAUGUAUUAUGUCACAGGACAGCUAUCCAAUGAGAAGCCUCCAUCGGGAAAAACAGACCAAUCGGAAGGCAGGGAGGGAACAGUGUCCCCCUCACAGGUGGCAGACACAAAUACAUUUGACUCCCAGCAGCCAGAGUUACUAAUAGCAGACAGGUCACCUCUAGUAUCAUGUAACUCAGUGCUGGAAAGCCAAGAUUGUCCUCCUAAUACACAGAAGAUAGCAGUUGGAGAAGAUAGUGAGAAGGAGAGCCUCGUAGAUGAGAAUGUCCGGAAGGAUCCUGUUCAGAGUCAGAAAGUGAGGGUAGUUGAACCUGUGUCUCCUCCAAUACCUGCAGAGAAGCAGGACAUAUCUGAAGCCUCUCAACAAGACUGUUAUCUUACUAACAGUAUACCAUCAUCAUCUUCGUCAACAUCACAACCACCAUAUUCACCAGCAUCACUACCACCACCACCAUCAUCUUCACCACCACCAGUACCAGUAAUCAAGUCUGUGACUAGUACAGGCCAGGAGGUUUCAGGUAAUCCAGGGUCUCCUCCACCAGAGAGCAGGGGCCUGGAUGACAGCCAGAGCCCGCAGGUAGUGUUGAGGUCCUCCAGAGGAAGAGCACCACGGUAUGUAGAGGAGGGCAGCAGCCUGAGCCCUGACCUCCCAGACGAGGAGGGCCCUCCUCCCCCUGAGAACAUCUCCUUCAUGAUGAUCACCAGCAACAGAGUGCAGGCUCUGUCCGCUGGGGAGUACCAGGAGAUAGUGAAUGGUACCAACGUGUCCGAGGUUCAGACCGUCAAUGUGGGGAACGACACCACCAGUAUCAGCCAGGAGCACUGUGGCUUCGACAGGAAGCCUGUGAUCAUCAUAUUCGACGAGCCCAUGGACAUCCGGUCGGCCUACAAGCGUAUGUCCACCAUCUUUGAGUGUGAAGAGGAGCUGGAUAGGCUACUGCACCAGCAGAGCAUCAAGGAGGAAGCAGAGGAGGCAGCGUCAGAGAAGAGUGUACCUCAGGUAAAGCCUAACACUGAACUACAUCAGGCAAACAAGACAGCAGUGACAGAAAACACUGCAAGCGGUCACAAUAAUACUCCUGCUGUGGUUGCGCAACAGAAGAGUACAGCAGAGUGCUCAUCGCCAGAACAGUCUAAAACAGAGCCCUCAAACAGCAGCAAACCAGAGACCAAAAAGAAGUUCAAAUUCAAGUUCCCCAAAAAUAAGUUGGCGGCCAUCAGCCAAGCGAUUCGCACUGGGACCAAAACAGGCAGGAAGACGCUCCAGGUGGUGGUCUAUGAGGACAAGGAGGAGUGGGACGGACACAUGAAGGAGACCGAAAGGUUUGAGAUCAACAGCAGUAGCAUACACCAAACUGACUCCAGUCACCUCACCACUGUGAAUAACAUCACAUCACCAAGCACUCUCACCCAGUCAAACUCUAAACGCAGGACAGAGGAGAUCUGUAAGAAUGCCUACGAGUCCAUAACCAGUCUAGAGGAGACCAUUAAACAGCUGGAGAUCACUGUGGACAAUAUAAGCCCCACAGCGCCUAAGACAGACUCCUGUGAAGAGUCUCCAGCCGCUGUGAAACCCAAACGAGAGAGGGAGGGCAGUCCCUCCAAGAGGCCUGCCCCUCCUCAGGUCUCGAAGUCCCUGAAGCAUCCUCAGAGUAAGAAGUCCAAACCACAGCUUCCCAGGCCAUCCAUCACAAGCAGCUCCAAGAAACAGGUCUCUCUUAAAGCUCCUUCCCCCUAACGCUGCACUGGUGGCUGGGUCCCUCUGAGGGCUGGGCUGGUGGCUGGGUCCCUUCUCUCCCUCUAACCACAACAGAUUAACAGGUUUUUCAGGUGCUGCUGGGGUACAGCUGGGAUCUACCUCUGCUUAUAAGCUGUCUUUGUGGUGUCAGCUGACAUGAUUGUUGUCCUUUGGGAUCUGGGUUGCUAUGACGUGUGUUUGUCUCCUAAUUGUGGACUUUGAACUGUGCACUUUGUCUGGUUCAAAGUGACUGGCUUUAAAAUGACUGGCUUUAUAUUGUGGUUGUGGUUCCGUUGUGCAUGCUCUGUUCUCAGUGUUGGUGCAGGUUGGUCAGUGGUUGCUGAACUUAGAAAAAAAAUUAGGACCCCUAACUUGACUCACCAGCUCUCUACAUAUACCCAAAGCCUGUAUCAACGGCAAUAUAAUGUUAUAACUUUAUGAGAAAAUCUCUGGCAUACCUCAACACCAUAAAUAAAUCUUCUUUGUUAUUAACCAUCAAUUACAAGGGUGCUAAUUUAUCCUCAACUGAUAGUAAAAUAACUUAAUUAGCUUUUACUAAUAAUGUCCAAACAGCAUGUGAAACUGUAAGUGCAAAAUAAAAAAAAGAAUACAGCUGAACACAAAAUCCCCCAUAACAGUCUCAGACUACCCCCUGGAGCUGGUACCCCUACUAGGACCUCCGUUUGGGAAACACAGAUCUACUGGAAGCAUACUGCCAUCUUAUCUCUGGAUACAUGUCUUUUUGGUUGUUGUUGCUUUGGCUCUUAGGUGUUUUCACAAUCCGUCCUGAAUAUAUGACUUUUAUGUUUAUUUUUGUCUGUUUGAAUAUUUACAGAAUACCAGUGGCUCUCCUUCUUCGAAUCGGAUGUCUCUUUCUGUGUCUGCAAAGUCCUGGCAGCAACCAGCUGGGUCAGCUGACAAACCAGGAGGAAAAACUCAGAAGCUCCAGGCCAAUCAGAAGCAGUUUCCACAGGUAGUUUUACUAUAAGAUGGCCUGUGUUAGGAAGUAUUGGAGCAACUACUUUCAUGAUUUCGAGAGGUUUACGUGAAGCAUUGGAAACUACAAUAAUAGGAUAUGUGUGUUGAAUCCACUCACUCUCUGUCUUGUUCUCCUAUGUCUUCAAGACCUUUUGACUGUUACCAUCUGUACCCUCUUCUUCACCUCCAUAUGCUCACCAUGUAACUGUAAUUCACUUGGAGAUGGAGGCAAGGAUAGAAGAUUUGCAAGGAUAUAUUCACUUCAGUUUUUUAACAUCUCCAACCUUAAACUAAAUCAACUAAACUAAACCUAUUUUCAAACUAAACUCACCCAGUGUCAGCUGUCCAAGUAUUCUUUAACCCUCUUUAUCUCGCCCUGAGAAGCAUGAUAUUUAUGUCAUAAACAUUGCAUGUGCGUGAUGAGUUAGUGCAUUGAAUUAGUGAAUUACUGGGCAUCAUUAACCCUUUAGAUCAUUUCCAGACUUCAUAUUUUCUAUUAAUCAUCUAUAAUUAGUGUAUUUUAGUGCCAUCUGUUUGCUUUCUAACAUGAUGCUUAUUUAUCUUUGUAUAAUAACCCUUAUUUUGCCUUUCUUGACAUUCCAUAUCUCCCGCCAUCUUUGUUUCGCAGGCUAACAGAAGUGCUAAGAAAGCUGGUGGGGAUAGUAACCAUUAUUUCCUUGCUUUACCUGCUUCUAAGAUCCCAGCCUUUUGUCAUAGCUCUGGAAAAAAUAUGCCAUCGCCCGGUUCAAACUCUGUGUCUAACCCUAUUAAAUCACCUUCCUCCUCCCCGUCCUCCUCACACAAGUCUUUCAUCCCGUCUCUUAAUCUGAGUCGUCUCAUCCCUCCUAGUCCUUCUCUCAAUAACAGACGUCAAAAUCUUUCCCUCUCAUCACAAACCCAAAAUGGCCGACCCAGCCCUUUCUCUUACUGCUCAUCUUCCUCUUCCUCCUCCACCUCCCCCUCUUCCAACUCCUCCUCUUUGUCCCCCACAUCCACGUCUUCCACCUCCUCCUCCCCUCCCUCUCCCGCCCUCCUCUCCCCAACUGCCAUGAGUCAAGGUGCGAGGAGUAUCCACCGCAUUGCACAUAUACCCAGCUUCACCGGUCACAAGAUGCAA